AUGGCCGCGGCCCGCCCGGGGGCGCCCCAGCCGCUGCUCCCGGUGGUGCUGCUGCUUCUGCUGCCGGGCGGCUGCCGCGCAUUGGAAGGUGAGGCCCCGCGGAUCCCUUGGGGGGCAGUGGGGGGAGAUUUCCCGCGGGGAUCGGCCUCUCCGUCGGGGGAUCCCCAUUCCGAGGGAGCGAAAUGGUGAAAACCUCAGCUUGGCACUCACCUUUGCAUGUGCACAUUGAAUUCUGCGGAUGCACACACACUAAAUAUUUGCGGUUUUGGGGUACCGGGGGUGCUUAAGAACCCCACCCUUUUCCAGAGUCACGAACCCUUUCAACCUUUAUCAAUAUAUCGGACAUCAGAUGGAGAGGCAGCCUCCAGAGGUGUCUGUUGUCCUGAGUCCACAUACAAGCCCAAGAACACACGUCCAUUGCCUUGGAUGGGUGCCUGGAGAGAAGCCAUUGUCCCUGUCUGUUUGGGAUGGGCAGUUGUUCCACCUCCGCCCUGCCCACCCUCCAUUCAAACACUUGGCCCCUUCUUCUGCCCUCCAGCCUCUGUUUCACAAAUCUGUGGCAGCCUCGAUGAAAAUAAUCAAGUCCGAAGCAUGCCCUCUUGGCCUGAGAUCCAGUCUCACUAUUUAGUGUUGUUAGCCGCCCUGAGCCCGGCUUCGGCUGGGGAGGGCGGGAUAUAAAUAAAAUUUAUUAUUAUUAUCUGGUCUUUCCAGGGUCUUCUAGCUUAGAUCCUCCGCCCCCCACUUUCUGAACCGUGGCGUUAGAUAGGGCCACCACCCUUGCUUAAUGGCAAGGUCCUGUGUUAUGACACCGGCAGCUUCAAAAUUGGGGGGCAAGCGAAGGAAGCUGGUGGCCAACUGGCCUGCCUUGGCCUUGCUGCCCCUUGUGUGGGUUGCUGAGAGUUGGCUCAGCUAGAUUUUGGAGGGCGAUUGUGUUGUAAGUGGCAGAUGAGAGAGAAGAGAUCCUCAGAGCUGUCAAGUGCUAUCCAUAAAGUUGCUAAGUUCGCCAUGCUUUUGACUGCGGGUGAGUUUUAGACCUCUGCAGCUCAGAAUUUGGGUUUGCAUUCUUUUCUCAGCUCUUUGGACUGCUUUCUUCUGGCUGUGGGAGCAGGAAGUUGUUUUCUUCAGAUUGGGAACCGCGGAGGAAGAGAGGGCACUUCUGUCACUUGGCCUGCAUUAAACAGAAAAGCAAAGCUGUGAAAUGAAGCAGUUCAUGGUAGACUUUAAAAACAAAAAAGCCAAGUUCAGAGUUUGUUUUAAAAUGAGUUCGCUCUGUAAGAGACCCUAACAUGUAAGAGCAGUGGCUUACUUAAUUGUUGCAUUUCACAGCAUAUAUGUCUCACUGAAAAGUUCCGAUUCUGCAGAAAUUGUUGGAGCCACCUGAAGAUAGCCUGAGUAUCCUAUUCCUGCUUUAAGCCCAAAUGAUACUUCUGUUUAGUAUAAAGCACAAUUUUAGCAGAAAUGGAGAGGUUUGUAUUCUAGUGGAAUCUCCCUCCAUAUGCUUCUUAUCUUUAGCAAAAGAACAGUAGACAUUAAUGUUCCUUUUGGGUGUAGGCAGAUUUCAAGUUUGCUUUUCCACAACCCCUCAGUCCUGAAGGCCAGAAAUGGUCUCUUUAGCCUCACCAAAAGGUUGAGCGUUCAAGAACCAGGACGAAAGGCUUGCAACUCAGUUGAAUUGCAAGACCAGAGGAGAGAAAACUGGUUGUUUUCCAGUUCUGGUGGAAGUUUUAACUUUAGUCAUUUUGCCAAAUGCUUGGGAUCAUGAGCUUUUGUCCCAUCAGAGAAAAGGUGUUGGGCCUUUGAGCAAGCUCGGGAAAAAAUUUGGUUCAUCUUGCCCUUUGUGUUCUGAAUCUUGUCAAAAUGAGAGGGGGGGGAAAAUGUUUUCAGCAUGCACAAGAAGAACAGCACAGAAGCUGGAAUGCAGACAUAUGUGACACAUUCUCAAAAAUCAGUGCUGGGGAAUUUUCUUAAUAGGCAGUCUCAUUUCUCCAGCUACCUCCCAGCCUCCCCUCCACACAAAAUAUGGAAGUUGUGUCUUUAAAGUAGCUCCUGUGAAUUUCCCCAAAUACAUCAGAUCUUAAAACCUGCCAGCUUCAGCAUCGCUGCCCUCGGAUACAUUCAAAAACAUGCUUUUGACUUCCUUUCUUCUUCUCCCCUGUUUGACGCUGGCUUCGAGUUUUCCUUCACAGGCACAUUCUUUUGCUGGGAUGGCAAAGGCGCUGGGUUUGUGGUGAAAUGAGAGUGAGAGAGAAAGAGAAGGGGUGGGAGGGAGGGUGUGUGUGUGUGUGUGUGUGUGUGUGUGUGUGUGUAAGGAACCCUUUUUGGCUCCUUCUGAGAUUUUCAAGAAACAUGCCUCCUUCCAAAUUACCUUGGCUCCUUUUGUGCAGAACAAGGUUGGAGCUUUUCCGCCUUUUUGGGAACUGCCUCAGCUGGAAGGCGAGGCAUCAACACAGGCAGGCAGCCACUUCAUGGAAUAUCUCCCUUUCUCCAAGAUAAUUUAACUCCUGGAGAACAAGGGCCUUUUACACUGAAUUGGAAAUUCCUGCAGAGGGAUAGAUUUUUUCCCUGUUCCAUAUAUGCAGCUCCAUUUGUCCAGAUGGGGACAGCCCAGGCAUGUCACCAAAUUGUAUCAGAAACCACGCCAAACCCACAAAGAUCUCUUGGCUUUGUGAAGGGGACACAUCACAAGACUUAAAACCAGUGUUGUGCGUUCUGCAAGUCUGCCUACCUUCUCUUUGUCGUCUUGGUGUUCUGAUUUCCCUGGCCUGGCGUGCUUCAUGGGUACAGUGUCUGCCACGCUCCACACUUCAGGUGUUUCCCUUAAGUUUCUUCUGUUCUCUGCCGCUGUGAUUGUCAGGCCCAUGUAGAUCAAUGCGUCUUUGUCCUGUCCUGCUUUGAGAAAAUGGGGUGGCAGCUUGUCAUCGAUCAGGUCCCCGUUAACCUCCUAAACGAAGAGCAAAUCGGAGGCUAUAGAAAGGCUUGCUCAGGAAUAGCAACACUUUUUCCCUUUUCCUUUUUUAACUGUUUCCCUUAUGUGUGUGUAUUUAAAAAGAGCACCACCUCGCAGACGGAGGAGUUUGCGUCUCAGCUUCGUGCCAGGCUCUCUCCGCGAGGCGCUUGCUUGGGGUCCGCGGGGCGUGUUCUUGGGUGGGUUCGAGAGUUGGCUUCUCAACCUGCACUUUUCCUGCUCUGCCUUUUGUUCCAGCUGGGCUGCGUGUAAACCGAGCAGUGGCGUGUGCGGCAUAUGUUGUGACUUAACUCUGCGAAUCAGGGUCGCUUGACCCUUAAGAUCACCAGGAAUGCGCUCUUACAUUCCCUUUUUGUGGGGCGGGGGCUCGCACUUAAAAAUAAAAAUAAUGCGCACAUUGUGUUGCUGGUCCCCACCCCCAUGCUGUUUAAAAAAGCUGCUUCCUGAUCCAGACUGCGCCGUUUUUGAGCAGUUACUGUAAAUCUAGUGUAUGCAUUACUUUAGUGCUAAUAAUAAAUCCAUGGCAGCAAUAAAUCCAUAUGCGCACACUCUAUAUAAACCGCAGCUGCUAGUAACCGGGGAUUCUGCCACCUCGCGCUGCCCUGUCAGGUUUCGGUGCCAGAAAUGUGUAACUCCCAGCUAGUUUUGUUACCUCUGCGUCCUGACCCGUGAGAGUUGGGAUUUUGCGGUCGGCUGGGGUGUGAGCGUGCACAUUUUUAGACUUGUGUCUGGGCUUUUUUAAAAAAAAUGCAACACGACUCUCUUCAAUUGUGCUCCUUCUCCCCUCUCCUCCCCGCUGCUCCACUUGGCUUGACCUAUCGGGAGCCUGGUGGAGAGUCCAGUUUCUUUGCAAGGGAGCGCAGAAGGGGAGACGUCGAGGGGCCGAGGAGGAGAGCGGUGGAAGGGUGUGUGUGUGUGUGUGUGUGUGUGUGUGUGUGUGUGUGUGGAGAAGCCUGCUUUUCAGCAGCGAGUCACAGAGGGCUUUGUAAGGGCUGGGAAGAAAAUGGUUCCUUCCCCCAGAUUUCUGUGCAAGCGUGCUGGGUCUGUUUGAAGUUACAGUGUGUUUUUCUUCUCUGGUUCAGCAGCGCCUCAGCCUGCCGGAGCAGGAAUGCUCUGGCCCAGAAGCAACGGCGGCGGCUUUCUCUGGCAAAGGCACUUGAACGCGAAGAGAGGCGAGCUGGGCUGGGGAGCCGAGGCCCCACGGGAAUAGGUUUCCCUUGCUCGGCCGAAGAGCGCAGGAGGAGCGCUUUUGGAAAAUGCAAGCUUUCUCUUCUUUCCCUUUUGCUCAGUUUUUGCUGCUUCCCUUGCUUGGGACCAUCCCACUCCUGUUCUGCUGGAAAGAGAGAGAAAAACGAUACGCCGUUAAUUUAAACUGCAUUAAAUCACAUUUUCUAUACCUGUUAGUGCUUCUGAUGCCCUGUGCUUCUCCACCCCCCCCCCCAGGGCUGAGCGCAAGGGAAGGAAUUAAUAAUAUUGGUUUGGGAACAAUGGCAAAGGACAAGUUCCUUUUCUUCUUCCUGCCUGCUCACCUGCGCACAAAGAGGCACAAACUCUGUAGGGGCAAGAGCAGCUCCUGUCCCUGCAAAACCUCGAGGGUUUCCUUUUCCUUUGUCCUGGCCAGCUUGCACCCGGACACUGCACCGAGGGAUUCGGGGCACAAUUAACCUCUCCACUUUUGCAAAGGGCUCCUCCGCCCCCUGUAUUCCCAUGACUGGGUAAAUGAAUAGCUCUUUGCUGAGACAUUGGGAGGAGGAGGAUAUUGGGGACAAAUGGAAAGCGGAGGGGGCCACAUUUCGGUUUAUGCUCAACUCCCGGUGCUGCAGAGCAGCUCCAUAAGGCCACUAAAUGCCCAAAAGUUAUCUCAUAAGACCCUUUAACCACUACCCUAGCGAUUAAAGGUGCGGUUUAAAAAGUGGAUUUUCCCACCAUCACCACCUCUUUGUGGGUGAAGCCCAUGCAGGUGAAUGUAAAUACAGAACUGGGUGGUGGGAGAGAUUGUUUCACAUUAGUUUAAUGUGGAGCACGGGGGUGCUUGUGGCAUUAAGUAGGUCAGGAGGGAAGCUUGUUCAUCCUUUCCCAAGUUUUGCUUGAGUUGAGCGAAGAUGGAGGCUGGUUUGGGAGGGGCAUUUUAGCUCUAUAAAGCCUGGCUGAAUUCUAUAGUGCAUUUGUUUCUGUGGCAGUGGGCUCCCAGUCUAGUGUAGCACAAUGCACGUAUUUAGGUGCAUGUUUUGACGUAGCACGAUGUGCGUGGUGCGUCCGCUUGCAACGUCGCAUUUUCUCCCCUCCCGAUUCUAUAGAUGCGCUGCCAGGUAUUUCCCUGACGGAGCGAGAUUUGCUUUCUUUUAAUUACAGUUCACUGAACUGCCUCCUCUCUCGGCGGGGACGCUGGGCCUGCUGUUUUGUUGAUGCUUUAGGAUAAGGCUGAGGGGAAUCUGGUCACAGAACUCGGGAAGCUCUGGCCGAGCUCAUUAAAUCUCCCAUUCCUUGCAAGCUGGCUCAUCCGUCUGGGGGGAGAGAGAGGCUGUUCUUUGUGCCCAGAAGAGCAGCCGGCUAAUUGGCGACGAGGGCAAGCUUACAAGACGAGCUGCGUGGACUUCUGAGGGUCCCCCCUCCCGGGACGGUGUUCUCUGUACUUUCUAUACUUUCCUUGCUCUCAUCUUCUUAUUUUCUCCCCGCCUAACUGAGCUUCACCUCGAGCUACACGGGCAAGCGCUAGGCUGAUCAUGAUGCUGACUCUCUUGGGCUAAAAUGAUCUCUGUUCCCUCCAUUUCCCUUAAUGGUGGGGAAUCCCUAGUGCCGGACAAUUCGUGCCCAAGCACCCUUUGUGGUGGCAUUUGGGGCUUUUCCCUCCUCCUCCUCCUCCUCUUUAAAGUUCUUGUCAAGGCUGGCAUCGUGCAUGAAAUAUUCGGUUGCGUUUCCCCCUUUCUUCCCGCAGGCUGGUUUUGGCGGUUGCUGGCGACUGGGUACUCGGCAGGUUUUAAUUAAACAUCCCAAGGAACCUGAAUCACGGGCUCACGUGUUGUUUUCUGUGUUGUGUUUUUCUUCCAGGCCCGCUUUUACUUACCUGCGGUGCCGACUCAAACUGGUUUUUCCAGGUUUAGCUUCUCCUUGUGGUGCCAAGCAUGAGCGAAGGGGGCAGGCAGGCAUCAGUGCGCAUGUGUGGGGAACCAUGUUCUCUGGGAGCAUGGAGUAGAGGGUUCUGGAGCCACGUCACAUAGGCACUUGUGUUGCUUUGCCCACCCACCCCCUGGACUCCCAUUUUGGGAUUCUUCCCUCUUUGCCAAAUAGACUGGCUGGUCAGAUGUCCAGUUUUUUCCACUUAAGACCAAGCUGUCCCAUCGGACAGGAUUUCCAGAACUUGAGGGAUUCCCAUCCGUAAAACCGGAAUCCCCAAACCAUAUUGCCCCGUGUUACGGGGCAUCAUCUCGUGUGGGCGUUUUCGUUUGUGUGUUUACAUGCAUCUCCGCUUGCAAAUAUGGCGGCCCUCCCUCGCUUAAGCUUUCUUGUUUCCACAAAGCCACUAUGUGGAGAUGCAGCGUUAAUGAGGGAGCAGGUUGUUGUGACUCCACAAAGAUCGCAUCCGGGGAACAAAAGGUAGUGUAACGAUUGGGCCUCUCAUUAGAGGCUAUUGGCAGGUGGAGGAGUCAAAAUGGCGGCUAGAUUGACUGCCAUAAUUAAUACUGCACAGCGUGUGGCUGGAAAGCAGAAUCUGUUCGCCGUCCUCAAGGUCCUGCUCUCCUGCAUCCUCUGGGGUGGGGCAUCUCUUGCAGCAGAAGCGGGCCUGCUGCACGGUUGUGGAAUAGGAGAGACAGACAGCAACUCUGGGUGAAAGGAGUAGUUUCUUGUAGCCUUGUGCCGGGCUGCCAUCUGAGGGAAGUUGCAUGUCUCUGGCGGGUUUGAGAAGAAGUGUUGGCCAUGGCAGCUGCAUGUGCACAUUUCAGAUGGAAUCUGGGUCUGUUCUUUUGUGGGCAGCACAUUGGCACCAUGGAAGAACGCUAGAGCUUCCUUCCUCAGCCUGCCACCCUCCCAUCACCUGUGCCAUGAUGGCAGGGGAUGAUGGGAAUUGUAGUCCAGAACACCUGGAGGGGGCACCAAGUUUGAGAAGGUGGAGCUAGUUCCAUAGCUCCACAGCUUCUGUGAACUAUCCUCCAUUUCAGCAUGUGAGAUCUGCCAGCCAUGGAGCUUGGCCUAAGUAGAUCCUUCUCAAACCCCUCUGCUAAAUUCAGCUGGAAUUUGUGUGUGCGUAUUUGAUGCCAUGGCUUUGUUUGGGUGGUGCGUAUAAUCAAAAUGGGUCUUAAAUCUGGGCCUGGCUGAGCAAGGCCCCUUUCAGCAAUGUUUUUGGAGUGAUAUGAGCUCCCUGCACAGACAUGCCACUGAAAUUUUGUAACUCGAGGGAUUGUGUUGGAUACCUCUUAGCAGCGAGCGCUGCCGUCUAGUAGGGUUUAUCUUCUCCUUUGUUAAAAAAAGAGCUGCAUUUCAGGCAUGCAGUGGAGAGUGGAGAUACAAGAAAGAAUGAGCAAUUAUUAUUAUUAUUAUUAAUAAUAAUAAUAAUAAUAAUUUAAACAUGUAUGCUAUCCUUCAUUAAAAGAUCCCAGAACGGUUCACAACAGAAAAAUGUAAAUGUCUAUCGAAGAUGCAUAGGACAUUUCAAAUGCUCAGGGGAAAGAAAAGAUGGAUAGGUUUGCAAGGAACUGGAAGUGUGAUUCCGUGCAAGGGAAAUAUCAGCAACAGCGCAAUAUUCGGACCCUUUCCCCGUUGCUGUGAAAGUCAGCCCAGGCCCCAUGGCUCCCUUAAGGCCGUUGUGUCGCCCGUUUCCCCAGCACAUAGGAACCCUCUUGUUGCUCUGGUGUGUGUGAUGGGCUUUUUGUUUUUGUGUGUGUUUGUGUUUUUCCUCCUCUUGUGUCUCUAGGAGCCUGCAGCUUUCCCCUGCACCUGUUCCCCUCCCCCAAGCCCCCACCUUGGAAUGUGAAAUGUAGGAAACAUGUAGGAACUUCGGCCGGGUUUAUAAUCGACAGCAUGCAUGCCAGCUCUGGGGUUUUGGUGGUUUUUUUGCGCGUGUUUGUGUGUGGGAAGGCUGCAUUUGACACUGAAGUUGCAUGGAUUCGCCCGAGGACUCAGAGGGUUAUCUUUAUGAUCCCGAGCAGCUUUUACCCUCCUUCGCAGCUUCAAAAAGGGCUGGACAGAGGCCCUCCGGUCGCUGCUGAAGUCCCGUCCCAAAGCCACCUCUUUCUACAGCAUUUGCUCUGGACUUCUGGGGGAAGCCCUUGCCUCCUCCGGCAAGAGGGGAAGGGGCUUCAUUGCCUCUCAGACCCCCAGAGAAUGAGCGAAAGGAAGGGACUCUGGUUCUGGAGUUGCUUGGCAGCGCAGGCAGAGGAGGCGUCGAAGGGGUGGCAGCGCCAUGCGUCUUCCGCACGUACCGACGGCGAGGAACCCGAGGCCCCCUCUUUACUUAUUAACGAGAAAAACGUGUCGGCUUUGACCAAUUGCCAGGGACAGAUUUAUCCUAGUCCCGCAGAAAUUAAACUGAAAGUGAAAAGUGGGGGAGAGAGGGAGAGAGAAAGGGCCAGGCCCUGGCACUUUUCUCUCGUUGCCCCUUCUCCCUCUGCCUCUGCCUCUCUCUCUCUCUGCUUGUUUUAACUUCGGAGGAAUCUAGAGUUUGGACUGGGGAGUUUAUUGGGGGGGGGAGGAGGAGAAUAUUUAGGUUUAAACAGUUCCAGAUGGGUUUAGCGUUCGCACGUCGGGAGGAAGUGAGCGGAGGGCCGUUCAGAGAUUCGGGUAACUGCCCCAGGCACGGGACGGGGAGGGAAAUUUUGGCAAAGGGCCGUUUUGGGGGGCCAUGUGCUUGCCAGCUAAAUUUGUUGACUUUCAGAGCCGCUCCGUCUGUGGGGCUAAGUCUUUCCGAUAAAAGUCGUCGUCUUCUCCUGGCACAUCUCUCUCGCUUACCUUCCCACCCCCCGCUUGUUUUCUUCCUCCCCUCCCAGGAGAAGAACCUGCAAAAGGAACUGGAAAAGGUGGUUCUCCUGCCCGCAACUUCGGGCGCUGCUGUGAGGUUGGCAGGGCGGGAGAGAACUUCAUUUUGCCCGGCUGUUUUGUGUGUGAACACAGCCUAAAUUAGUUUGUGAAGCUGCUGGCAAUUUUGGUGUUCAUCAGGACCCUGGGUGCGUGUACAUUUGAAGCACAUCCUCGCCGCCCCCUGCCCCACAAAAAUAACUGUGGGAACUGUAGUUUCCCAUCAUAGAGCUACAGCUCCCAGAACUCCUGGAAAAUUACAGUUCCUGAGCUUCUUUGGGGGAAGCCAGGAGUUUUGAAUGUGGCUUUGUAAGGAGUGACGAGUCUUUUAAAAAUGUAGUUCUACUCGCUCAAAAUUCAUCUUAUGAAGAUCUUUAUGCAUUAUAAAUUCAGGUUUGGUGAAGAAGGAAAGUAUUGCAUGUUUCAACUUUACAUCAAAUUUUCUGGUUUUCCUCCUUGGAAAGGCUAGGGGGAUGUGCUUCAAAAUUUCCAGAAUUUUUCCAUUUCUUUUUGAGACUCCUACUGCUAAUAGGCCCCUAAUCCCCUCAUAGAACUGCGAUUCCCAGAGUGGUUUCACAGUCAAUUCCUCUUCACAGGGAACUCUGCAACCUGUAGCUCAGUGAGGGGAAUAGGGGUGGUCUAGCAACUCUCAGCACCCGUAGCAAACUACAGCUCCCAGAAUUCUUUGGCGGGAGUGGGGCAGCCAUGAUGGUUUAAAUUGGCAUAAAAGUGCUUUAAGUGUUUGGUGUGAAUGAGGACUAUGUGCGAAUGAUUUGAACGAUGCCACUCGCGAAGAGCUCUGCUGGGUCAAGCCAAAGGUCCACUUAGUCUGGGAUCCUGAUUCUGACACUGACUGACCAGAUAUCGCCGGGAAUGCCAUAAAAAGGGCACAAAGACAAUGCAUUCUCCGUACAUGCUUGCCAGUAUUUAGAAAUAUUCCCACUUUGUAUCUGAAGACUCCAUGUUAGCUACCAUGGCCAAAUAAACCUCCGAUAGACAUAUUUGUGAACUUGGGGCAGCACUUUGCAAGACUUGCUUAUGCAUUAAAAAUCUGUGCACCUCACUCUUAACAUAGCUCGGCCUUCUUAAACCCGGUGCUCUCCAGAUGUUUUGGGCUGGGGCUGAUGGGAAUUGUAGCCCAAAACAUCUGGAAGAUGCCAGGUUGAGGAAGACUGGUGAGGCUUACGGACUGUGCCAGCUCUCGGUUAUUUUGCAGAGUUUCCUUUUGCCCGUCCUGGUUGCGCUGCCAUAUGUUAUCUUUGGACAAAGCUUCCUUGAGGUUGAGGGUGAUAUGAGAGGGCAGUUCUUCUCGUAUUCUCUGCAUCACCCUUUUAAAUGUUGCUGUGGAGGUGGGAGUUAUUGGUUUGUUUCUGUUUUUAUUAUGGCAAUGUGUUUUGUGGGUUUUUUAUAUUGUUAUUUAAAUGUUGUGAGCCGCCCUGAGAUUUACGGAUAUAGGGCGGCAUACAAAUUUAAUCAAUCAAUCAAUCAAUCAAUCAAUAACUUUUUAUGACCCUCUGCCAUGACUUCCCCCCAACCUCCUUAGCUUGGGAGAGGAAAAUCCCCACAAAUCCUCCACCUUUAGGUCACUUGGUUGCCGUUAUCUAGCUCCUUCUUGGGUAAUGCUCAUAGAUCAGUGGUGACGAAUCUUCAGCCUGGGCUCCCUCCCUCCUAAAACACAAACCCUCCUAUAGGAUUUUUAUUUUUUGCAUAUCCUUCCACCCCCGCCAAAAUGGGCUCUCAAGGUAACUCAAAAGAAAGCAAAAGAAAUAAAUAUUUUACAAGAAUUGGGAACAAAGGUAACAGAAACAAAUCUAGAUUUAACAAUGAAAACCAUUAAUGAGGAUAACUACUCCGUACAAAGACACGACUGCCGGCAAAGAUUAUAAAAAGCUAAAAAUAGCUAUAAAUACUGCAAGCAGCUCACUUAAAUACCUUCCGAUAUUCUUUUUCGAAGCUUUGAAAAGAGGAAGCCACACAUUUCUUCUAAAAUGAGAGAGAGCGACAAAUCCCAGUCCAAUGACCUGUGUGUUGCCUACCAGAUCAGAAUGAGGCCCUUCUCCCCAUUCCUUGCUGAGCUCUUGUCACUGUUUUGCAGAGGGAAGAAAAAUGUGCUUGUUGUAUGUGAGGAACAGGGGUGGUUUCUCACUGCCUCUGGAGCAGCCUUCGCCAACUGGGUGCCUUUCAGGGGUUUGGGACUACAAUUCCCAACAGAUUCAGCCCUCCUGGACGAUGGUUAAAGAUGACGGGAGUUGUCUGGGAGACCUCAGCUACCCCCUUCUCUCGAGAAACAGACACAGUCUCACGACCCCCCCUCUCCAAAGCCAUUGGCUGAACUGCUGUGGCGUCACAGCAUGUUUGUUGCCCUUGCCAUUCAGAGAGUGGCGGAAUGCAGGCUGCUGGUGCCGUCGCUGUGAUUGAAACUGAAAGUUUGGUUUGGCUGGGACAAUAUCCAAAGGCAGCAGAGAGCCGAGUGUUGUUGGCAAGAACAGUGUGGGAGUUUGGGUACGGCGCGUCCGGGAUCCACGCGGCAGGCGGGGAGGCCAAGAAACUGAGGGUGGGCCGCAAAAAACCCUGCACUGAUUUAAAUUGGCGAGGAAGACCCGUGGCUUGGAGCUGCCGAGCGCUGUGUUUUUGUUCGCUUUGCGACAAAGUAGAAGCCGAACGGCGGCUUUUUGUCCCUCGCCGCAGACAUUUUGCCGGACGGUUUCAGCAGAUGGGGCAGGAGAGGAGGUGGCAGGGCUGGACAGAUAUUCCUGAUAUGAGGAGAACUGCAAGCCGCUCUGUUCCCUCGGCUUGCCUGCUGGAGCCGGGGAGGCCCUCUGCUGCUUGGCGAGGAGGGGGAACACCAGGAACCGAGGCGAAUGUACAUCUCUCCUCCCUCCUUCCCCGCCGAGCGGAGGGAAGUCUGUGAUUGAUGAGCCGGAGGUGGUGGUGAGGUCAAGCAGGGAGAGCCACGGGUCAGUAAGAAGGGAAUGGCAGGGGAGACAGCGUCCCCUGGAACCCGACUCUCUCUCAAGUGUGCAGGCCCUGGCAGGCAAGCGAGAACCGGGCUUCAUGUUUCCCUCAGCACUGAGGAGGAGCUUGUGGGGAAGCGAGUGGCCACGAGGCAGGUGUGCCUGCUCCUGGACAUUUUGUGUGCGCAUAAAACAUUCUUCGUAAGACUUUCUCGGUGCAGAUUCUGGAGCUAAGCCACCUGAAAGUUAUCUGCCUUAAGGAAGCCACCGCAGAGCUGUGCGUUUUGGGUCCUCUCGCUUUCCUUGAAUUCUUGCCAGAGCUGUUGAAGGAGCCCAAAAUGGCGGCCGCGGCGCUCCUUGAGCAAAAUGGAUAAUGGCAGCCAGAGAGUGCCGCACCACGUCUGCGCAGGCGUGGCUCGCUGCUGUGGGGAGAGGAGUUGGACGGCUUCGAGUUGACGCAUGCUGGGGUCUUGGAUGCGCCGAGAACCAAAUACUGGACCCGGCAUCCUGCUAAUUUGUGGUUUCCAAGGUACCAAUUGGGGCCCUCAAAACAGACGUUGAUUUUCCGGGAGCCUGCUGUGCUUGAAGCUUUCUGGCAUUAUUAACGCACAGUUUUCUGCUAGAAGUUAUUUUUCACCCCCACCCCAAGAAAAUCCUGACAUGAGAAAGUGAGUUGGGCCCCCUUUCUCUCUACUGGUUCUGCCAUUGGCACAGCAUCCACCCUGGGUCACUUCCCAGGAGGGCGGCACAAUAUUUUGGGCUUCAAAGCCCUGCGAGACCUUCUGGUUUCGCGCUGGCUUUCUGGAGCUGGUAGUGUUCCCAUGUUGGAUUUCUUCUCAGGGUCAUUUUUAACGGAAAACUACCCUAAAAGUCAUAGCAUGACAGGCCUGUUCCCAGGGAGCAGGCUGGCUAACUCAAAUAAAUGUUCCUUUCCCUCCUCUGUCCUAAGAUAAGACCUAUGUGGAACUUUCUUCAUUGGUAUUUCUUUCAAGUACCCACACCCCUCUGACAUCUGCAGCCAUCUACUCUUCCCUCAAAUCCCUGCUGCUAUCACUUUGCCUACUUUAUAGCCCCCAUCUCUGAGCUGUGAUGCCCCUCACAUUUCAUUGCCCUAGACCCCUUGUCGCUUGGGUUGCGCUCUGCUUUUCCCACCUUCUGGCUACCAGCAGUGUGUGCACACUCUGUUGCCAUGCCCUAUGUACGAGUCUCCCCACAUCCGUCCACUAUUUUUGCAGCAUUUUUGAACAGCCCUUCCCACUUCGAAGUUAGACUGUUUGUGGAUGUUCCAUGACACGACACAGCUGGAGCUGAUGGGAGCCGUCUUGGGGCCAGCUUUUAGCUGAUACAAAAUAUAUGAACCGUGCCCCUCUCAAACUUUCAAGGUGAUGCACACUAGAGACCCUGUGCUUAUGUGGCAGAAAUUGCUUCUUUACAGCAGCAAUUGUUUUUACCUUGACACUGACAGCAACAAUAAUACUUCCUAUGAUACUGCAAUUUUCUCCCAUAGCCCUUUUCCCUUGCACCUCUCUUGUACCUUCGUUUUCUUGCAGAAAGCAUCCCAUUUCGUUAAAAAAUGCAAUGUCACAAAAUUCAUUAGUAGCACAAAGAAUGGGGUUGCAUCCAGUCGAUUUGAGCCAUGUCAACGUUGUGGUGUUGUAUCCGCUGGUGGCUUUGUGUUUGUGAAAGUGCUUAGGUCUGCGGAAGGUGGCUCAUCAAUUUGCCCUCCUACUAUAUUGCAGUCUUUUGUGGCACAUCCUAAACUUUUCUAAAUAGGUACUGGCUUUCAGAAGGUGUAGUGGGUUGCAAGCCAGUAAGGGGUAUUGAUGAACAAGGAAAUACUGCUUUGCAUAGGGCACUGUUAGAUCCUGGAAUUCCCUGUCACAAGACGUGAAGAAGGCCACCAAUGUAGGUGACUUUAAAAGAGAGUUAGGCAAAUUUAUGGAGGCUAAAGCUAUCAGUGAUGUCACGCGUUGGCUGGACACAGAGGAAUGGUCGGAGUAACCAGCUGGGGAACUCCCAAGGGAACAAGGCUCAGAGACCGGGAAUUGGUGGUGGGAUGUUGAUGAGUGGUCAGAGGGAGAAGCCUGGGAGGAGGAGGUGUUGGAAGCUGAAGAGGUAACAGGGUUUAGUGAGCAGGGGGACACUGUGGCAGAGAGCAGUCCAGAAGCAGAAGGGGAGGGAGGUCAAGAGACAGAGAUGAGUCAGUCUGGUGAAGAACCCAGGGUGUCUCCUCAUCUCCUGCAACCAGCUCCCCUUCCCCCUGGUCUCCCAGGACCAGGAGAGGCAUGAAGCGGGAGGAGCAAAGGCAGGCACACCAACGCAGUCUCAGAUUGCUUGGGAAAGACCCAGGAGAGGAGGAGACUUUGGCAGCUGUGGGCAAGACCCACCGAAGAAGAAGAGUUGCUGGUUUCGUUAGGCCUGGCCCUCCCAAGCAGACCUUGUUUCUUCCAAUACAGAGUUAACUUCAUGUACUUUGUGUGAUUUAUUGCUGGCUCGCUUCCGACAGGCAGCGGCUACUAGUCCCAUGAUGGCUGUACUCUUACCUCCAGGAUCCAAAGGCAGCAUGCCUCUGGAAACCAGCUGCUGGGGAGCAAAUGAAGGAGACGGCUGUUGUGCUCAGGUCCUGUUUGCAAGCUUCUGCUGCGCAUCAUCAGGCCAGCCCUUGUAGAAAGCAGAUGCUGGACCAUUUGGGCCUUCGGUAGGAUAUAGCAAGGCUCUUAUGUAUGUGUGCUUGGUUUUAUCUCGGAAAUCAAUGCAGCAACCCUGAAAGGCAACCCACAAUUAUCCCUGUGUUACUGACAGGCAAGCAGCUCCUCUCUCUCUCUCUCUCUCUCUCUCUCUCUCUCUCUCUCUCUGCCUCUCCCUCCCUUCCCAUGAGCGAGUGAGUUUGUGUCUACCAUGAAUUUGGAUCAGGAUGUGUCCCGACUCAUAGCUCAUUCAUUCUACCUAACAGCCGUGCUGCAUCCUACAACCUGAGUAAAGGGCGAAGUUACAUGUUAUGCUGGAGUUUUGCGAUAGGAACUUCUGAUGUAAUUUUCUUCUCCCAAAAGCAGCUGCAAUCGUGAGUGUGGGUGAACUGGAGCAAGGCUUCCUUGCAAAGGAGAGGGAGGCAACCAUUGCUUCCUCAAGCAAAUGUACCUCUCCCGUCCUGAUGCCAUUAUAUAUUUCUGCCCAUAUAUUUGGGUGGUCAGUUUGGGGAAGUCAGCAGGUAGGCCAGCUUUGGGGGACCUGUGGACCUGCAGGCAUUGUUGGAACUGCAGCCCCUAUCAUCAUUGGCCUUGGAGGAACAAGCGGUGCAGCAAUAAAUCUGCCGGCACAUUUUCAAAGCAAAGCAGUGUCCAGUAUGGUCUCAGUUUGGAUGGGGGACCGCUUGUUGAGAUUCCUGCAGUGCAGGCAGGGGUUGGACUAGAUGUCCCUUGGGGUGCCUUCCAACUCUACAAUUCUAUGACUGAUUUGAGUUUUAGUUCAGCAACAGCUGGGAGCCAAAGGUUCCCCCAUACCUGAUGUUGGUAAAGUGUUAAACUCCAGACUGGUGUUGCAGCUUGCAUCCAAAUUGAGUUGUUCUACUGGCUGCUUUUUGGAGAAAGAAGUGUUAUAUUGUGGGUGUCAGUCACAUGAUCCCAGGCGUAACGUAUCAUUUUGCCCUCUGUUUUAUUUAUUUAUGUGAUGGAAUUUGUCGGAUCAUAAAAGCAGUUUACGUGAAAUGAAAAUAUGCAUUAGAAUUCUCGGUAAAAUAGUUGAAAAACAAGUUAGUGCAAAUGUAUGUGUAUGUGCAUGAGAUAUUGAACAGCAGGUAGACUUUACUUGCCUGUGUAAGCCUGUCUAAGCAAAAGGUGUAUUGGUUGGUUGGUUGGUUGGUUGGUUGAACUUCAGCAUAAGAACUGACCAAAAUCAGAUCAACGUUCUCCAGCCUGUUGCCUUCCAGAUAUUGGACCACAGUUCCCACCAAAUGUUGGCUGGGGGCUGAUGGGAGUUGUAAUCUAAAACAUCUGGAAAAUGCCUGGGGAAGUGUGAGUGUCUCUGGCUUAAAAAGCCUCUGGUCCUGAUGCUGAGGAUCCAAGCGAAGAGGUGGUUCCCCUGUUCAUCUUUUCAUUAUGCUUGCUCUAGCAGCCAGCUCUUCCCAUUUUGCUCCUAGCAUGGCCUGGGACAAGAAACAUAGUUCCUUUUUCCCCCUGUCCCUCUCACAAAGCAGCUACUAAUCCACCUUCCCUUUCUUCCCUCUGCCUAUUGUCCUGUAAUUAAAAGAGUUGGAUGCAAGGACCAGCGCUCAUUGUCUGCCUAUAAUGGGGCUCUGCCUGAGCUGGGGCCUUUAGGCGCUGCUGUAAUAUGAGAAGCAAUGAUGAGAGAGAGAGAGAGAGAGAGAGAGAGAGAGAGAGAGAGGCUGCUUUGAAACGCUGGCUUUGUUUGGGACUCUAAAUGAAGCCGCAGUCUUCCCAUGCUGCAGGUGGAGCAUUUGAGUCGGAUGCAGGUCAGCAAAAAUCUGAAAAUGGGACAAGGAUGCAACUUGUGUCAGGGACACGUGCCUGCUCUGCUUAGGUCAGGGGGUAGCUGAUCUGUGGUGCUCCAGGUGUUGCUGGAUUCUCAAGUCCCAUCAGCCUUGCUUGAGUAAUGGCCCUGCUGGCUAGAGCUGACGGGACAUACAGUCGUACCUUGGAAGUUGAACGGAAUCCGUUCUGGAAGUUGGUUUGACUCCCAAAACGUUUGGAAACCAAAGUGUGGCUUCUGAUUGGCUGCAGGAAGCUCCUGCAGCCGAUCAGAAGCCGCGGAAGCCCCGCUGGACGUUCGGCUUCCAAAAGAAUGUUCGAAAACCGGAACACUCACUUCCGGGUUUCGAUCAUCCAGGAGCCGAUUUGUUUGGGAGCCAAGGCAUUCAACCUCCAAGGUACGACUCUACAUAGUAGAGAUGGUAGAGUUGGAAGGGACCCCGAGGGUCAUCUAGUCCAACCCCCUGCAGUUCAGGAAUCUUUUGCCCAACGUGGAGCUCGAACCCACAACCCUGAGAUUAAGAGUCUUGCACUCUACCGACUGAGCUGCCUCAUCACUGUAGGAAGCUGCCUUGAGCUGAAUCAGACCAUUGGCACAGCUAGCUGACUGCAGUGGCUAUUCAGGAUUUCAGACAAGGGACAUUCCCUAUUUUACCUGAAGAUGCUGUGGAAAUGUCUAGUUCAGCAACACCUGAAGAGCUGCAGGUUCCUCACCCCUGGCUUGCUUGCAGGUUCGGCACCAGCCCUGCACAGAUGUUGGAGUCUUCAUGCCAUCUGGCACACAUGUUGCUUUGAGAGUGAAGGCACCUGCAUAUGUAUGCGCACAUGAGAGAACCUGAGUAAAUCUGGGGUUGAGAAGGCACAUCUGCUUGAGACUGAGAGGAGAUCUGACAGCCAUCUAUCUUCAAAUAUCUUGAGGGCUGCCACAUGGAAGAUGGAACAAGCUUGCUUUCUCCUGCUCUGGAGGGCAGGACUCGAACCAAUGGCUUCAGGUUACAAGAAAGGAGAUUCCGGCUCAACAUCAGGAAGAACCUUCUGACAGUAAGAGUUGUUAGAAAGUGGAACAAACUCCCUCAGGAGGUUGUGGACUCUCCUUCCUUGGAGACUUUUAAGCAGAGGUUGGAUGGUCAUCUGUUAAUGGAUGCUUUAGCUGAGAUUCCUGCAUUGCAAGGAGUUGGACUAGAUUACGCUUCCAACUCUAAAAUUCUGGGAUUCUUUGUAUGCAUAGGGUUGUGCGAACAGUUGAGACUUGCUUACCCGUGUGCGAAAUCAUCCGGGUCAGAGGUAUUGAAGCAACACAGAGUUGUGCCAUUUGCCUACUCAGCAAAUGUCGAUCCAUUUGCAUUUUGCAGUGUGCGCUGACUGAAUGCCUUCUGCCUGCCUCAUCUCCACUGUGGUACAUGAUUAGGAGAAACAUGCUUAAACAUGCACAUGUCUCCAGCCAGGUGGGACAUGCAAGUGAAAUGAUGGUCUGUGCACUGCAUCCCUGAGAAUCCACCAGUUUCGUGCAGACAAAUAGCACAGUGUAUGUAACUGAACAUAAACCACUGGGCAGCAAUGCUGCUGGGAGCUAGCAAGGGCUUAAUUUUAAGGAUUUCAUCUAAUCUGUGGCACCCAUCAUCCCAGAGCUAGCUGUGGUGGAAGAGAAUUGUGGCCUUUCCAGAUUCCCCAUCCUUGUCCUAGAGCGUUGGAACCAUCAACCAGAGAAACUUGGGUUCUGAUCUGCAUUCAGAUGUGUUGCGUACUGGGUGGCCUUGGGACAGUUGCUCACACUCAACCCAACCUGCCCCACAGAGCAGCUGUGUGGAUAGAACAGGGACAACCCCACAUAAACUGCCCCGAGCUCUCUGGUAGAAGAGCAGGAUGGGCAUGCGACGAACAGGGUGUGUGUGUGUUCUGGUUUGAAAGCGAGAUGGUGCAAGCAGACGAGGAAUGUUGUCCAGGCUCGGCUUGUUUUCUGCAUGCACACACUCUGCAAAGUUUGGGUUUCUGCAGAAUCCUGAUUUUGAGAAAAAAUGCAGACAGUAACAAAGGACAGAAAGGAGACUAAAGGAUAGCUGUGGACCCUUAACGACACAAGGGUAGGUAGGAGUGGGUAGAGGAAGGUACACCUGUUUCCUUACAAACCAGUGCAGGCUUUCAUAGAGGCUCCUUGCUGGUCCUCAAGACCUGCCUUACUACUGAGGGCUAGCAGCUUGUCCUUUUAAAGAGGCUUGGGCGAGUGGGGAGAUAAUCCAUUGUGAAACCCCAUGGACUUGAAGAAGAUGACAGAUAGCCCUACUCGGGCGCUUUCUCCCCCCCCCCCCCCGCAGUUGUUGCUCAGGCUAGCUAGUCACCUUCUGGGAGUGGCAAUAGGUUAGUCUGUCUAGCUCAGUAGUGCCAGCUCUGACUUCUGCUUCAGGCCCCAGGCUUUCAGAGAGGGGUCUUCCCUAGCCCUGCUGGAGGAGCCAUGCUUAUCAAUCUCUGCCACUCUUUCCCCCAAACGGGGGCUUCUCUUAAGAAAUGCAAGAGGAGGUAUUUUCUCUCUAGGCUCUCCCAACCAGCCCUGGCUCAGAUUGUCUGCCACAGUUAACAAGGUUGCAAGCAAAUGCUCUGAGAGAGGUGUCCUUCCUGCGCCUCCUCCCUCUCCAAGGAGUGGCUCAGGACUCCCAAGCAGCAUGGAUUCUCCCCCUGCCCCCCCACUCCGGUUGUUUUUGCAAAAGUUGCUCUGCCGUAUAACAAGUACCGGUCUGACUGUAUGUGUUGUCGAGAAGGGAGGGAGGCCUCACGCCUUCCUUGCUGAGUGAUGCUGCUCUGCAGUCUGGAUAAACACCACCUACCCAUGCGCUGAGGCUGUGAGUGCAAGUUGGGGCCUAUUUUGCAUGUGCUUGGCUCGGGACGUGAGCCAAGUCGGUUGUGAGGAUGCAGCCUGGGACUCUGCAACUUUCCCCUGGCGGUCCUGCACGGAGGGAUACCUGAAAUGCGGAGGGAGGGAGGAAGGAACUCACUCAGCAAUGAGGCUGUGAUAGGAAUCGCUCAGUUUUAUUUUGGAAACUGGGCUUUAUAUUACCAGAAGAGGAGAAUAUGGAGAGAGUGGACAAUACCUCAAGGACCACCUCUCUCCAUAUGAACCAACCUGGACCCAGGGGUCAUCCUCUGAGGUCCUUCUUUGUGUGCCUCCUCCACGAGAGGAUUUGGCCUUUUCUGCAGUGGCUCCUCCUUUGUGGAACGUUCAACUGGCGGUUUCAUUACAUACCUUUAGGCGCCAGGCAAAAACAUUCUUCUUCCACCAGGCCGUUGGCUGAUUGCAGACCCUCCAAGUGUCCCUAUUUUCCAGGGACGUCCCUGAUUUAGAGAAGCCAUCCCGGUUUCUGAUUUGAUCCCAGAAUGUUCCACUUUUCCUUAGGACGUCCCUAUGUUCAUUGGAGAAAUGUUGGAGGGUAUGGAGUUAUCUGACCCCCGAGCCUUCUGAAGGCAAUCUUGUUUAGGGAAUAUAUUUUAAAAUGUUUUUAUAUAUGUUGGAAGCUGCCCAGAGUGGCUGGGCAACCCAGUCAGAUGUGUGGGGUCUAAAUAGUAAAAUUAUCAUUAUGGAAUAGGACGUUGCUAUUUUCAUCAGAUAAAUGUUGGAGGGUAUGUGAUUGACAUCCAAUGCCCUUUUGAAAUGUGUUGUGGAUUAUUGUUUCUGUUCUUAAUUUUAUCAUGCAUUUUGUGUUUUGGGGAUUGCAAUUUUAUGUUGUGAACCGCCCUGACAUCUACAUAUAGGGCGGUAUACAAAUUUAAUAAAGAAUAAAAGAAUAAAAAAUAACUUAGGGGAGGCCAGCUAUCAAUAACGUUUGGGGCCAUAAGUCAGCGGCAGAGCUUGUGUUCUGCAUAUAAAAGGUCCCUUGUCUCCUGUCUGCAAUUUUUAUCCCAGAGUCUUCCUUAUGGGUCAGAUCUGUGCCCUACCUGGGCUCUGUGCAUCCUCUAGCAUUCUAUGUUAGGGAUAAGCAGACAGGAGACUAGCUCAGACUUGGUGUGGAUGGGUUUAAUUCUCAAGAGGGGGAAAAAGCCUGUUUUAAAUGCUUGUUCCUUUUCCCACGUGUGUUUCCUACACAGUGGGGCAGAGUAAUUGGUUAAUCUGACCAGAAGAGAGCAUGUUAUGUCAAAACCUAACAGAGCAUUUUGUUCCAUGUAGGAGCGUAUUGCUCUGUAUAAUUUUGCGUAUAGAAUCUGGAAGUUGUUGUUUUUUUACCUACUUUUAGGAUGCAUCCAAAAACACAGUACUUAUUUAUUGGAUAACUGCUCACCCUUUUAAGCUGCUGAGCCUUAUAAGGAUGCUAACUGGAAGUGACUCCGCACACACAAUGCAGCACAUCACCCUUUAUUGAUCAACCCAAACCUUUCACAUUGUUAUUUCUGGGUGGCUGUGUGCCGGGUUGUUUCUCUCGUAUUACAUAACUCUCUGUGGCUCUCGCCACCCCAGCCACACAAAUCGGCUAAUAGUCCAAAGGUUUUCCUUCUUCUCAUCCACUGGUCUUUAACUGGUGGGUUGGACCUGCCUUAAAGGUGGGUUGCGGCACAGGAGCAAAUGCAGGCUGAGAGAUUAAGAAAUGGGCCCCCUAAUGCAGAUAAACUGGGUUCCUGGGUCUAAAAAGGUUAAAGACUACUAUCUGUGCUUUUAGAGGCAACUCAAAAAGCCUAAAACCUUCCAGAAGGGAUGGUACUAGGGAUACAGGGCGCCACGACAGGUGAAAAAAAGAAAAAGAAAUGAUCUUGUGUUUAUAGAUUAUUAUUAUUAUUAUUAGCUAAAUUUGUAUACCGUCCUUCAUCUGCAGUUCUUAGGGAGGUUGGGAAUUGUAGUCCAAAAUGUCUGGAGGGCACCAGGUUGGGGAAGACUUCUGAACUCUGUAGGAGUGCAGUACCAUGCAUGUCUGCUUGCAAAAGAAAGAAAGAUAGCUCAGUUGGUAGAGCAUGAGAUUCUCGGUUUUGGGGUUGUGGGUUCGAGCCCCAUAUUUGGCAAAAAUGUAUGUAGAUAGAUGACAGGAUGCAUACAAUAUAAAUAUGGUGAAGGGCCUUAUGGGUACAUUUUCCCACUUUUUGCUUUUCUCUCUCUUACUUUUAUGUAUUUUGGUUCUUUUAAAUAUUCCUGUAUUGUAGACUACGUUGAUCCUGAUUGUAUUUUAUGUUGAAAGAUUUCAGUAAUUAUUAUUCUUUUUAAAGGAAAAGAAAGAACGAAUAUUCGCUUGGUAGAGCAUGAAGCUCUCAGUUCCAGGGCUGUGGGUUUGAGCUCCCCAUAGGGCAAAAAAAAGGUUCCUGCAUUGCACUUGGUUGAGAUUUCUAUGAUUCUAAGUCCCAUUGACUCGGUCCCAGCUGAGCGCAUACAAAUUAAGGAGGAGAUAAUUGCAGAGCUCAAGCAGAGAGGAUGCAAACCUGAAUAUACAGGACCACCCAGGUGUGGUCUAGUGGACAUCCUUUUCCUCCUCAUCUCCUGAAGGCAGCUGCUGGCUCCUACUCCCUGGCUUCCAGUGCCUGUGAUGACUUGUCUGUCCUUAGCCCAAAAUCUCCAGCCCAUCAUAAUAAUACAGCCGCCUGCCUAUUGUGUCACAGAAGCUUAUGUGUCAUAGCACAUAAGCAAGAGUUGUUGUGUUUCUGUUUUUUAUUUUCGUUCACGGCAAUGCUCAUUCAGCGCUGUACAAAUCUAAGUGGCUGGUCUCAAAAAAGAUGAUUUCCCUGAUCCCCCCCCCCAAAAAAACCCCACUUGUUUACAUUAAAAGAGUUCCGUUGCAAUGUUUUUAAUAGAAAGUAAUUAGUCCAGUGUUAAGAGAUUGUGUAGCGUUAACAGGGCAUUCAGAUUUAAUGUUAACCAAACUGUUGUUGUUGUUGUUGUUUUAAAAAAGAGAGAAAUGACAAUUACAAAUGGGGGGGGGGGAAUCAAAAUUUUAUCAGCUGCUUUAGUUAGGAAUAGCCAAGCCGUCUUUUUAAAGUCUGGCUUAGGAGAAGGGUGUGUGUUAGUUCCACACCACAAUAUUAAGUGAGGCGUAUUAGCAGACAGGUUUUCUGUAUUGACAAACGCAUUGCUUUGACAAGCUACCUGUCUCCCUCCGACAGCUCACUUACGACCUUCAGCGCUGCUUCUUUCUGCAGAAGUAUAUUUUAUAUGGCGAAGAAACCAAUAAUCUUCUUUCUUUUCUUUUUCUUUUUUAAGGUGUGUAACGGGAGGGUAUGAAAUGCUAGCUGCUGCUGCUGCUGCUGCUGUGUUGUUGUUUUUUUUUAAAGAAAAUUAUCCUGAGUGAGUUACGAAAUUGAAGGCCAAUUCUUUUUGGAGGGUGAGGGGAGCGGUGAGCGAAGGGAGGAAGCCAAAAAGAAGAAGCAUGGAACGAAACUGCCCACUUUGCAGCCUGACUUGCAGCCGCCUCUGAUCUCCUGCAGGGGGAGCUGGCACAUAGCUUCUGCCGACGCAUUAAAAGUGGCAAGCGCAUGGGUUUCCCAGGACCCCUCUUUCCCGAAACGUUGCAGAGAGGCGGCGUUCAUGGGUCACGGCCUUUCGUGGGCCUGGAAUAGCUUUGCCCUGACAGCUCAGGUCCUCUGGGGAGUGCCAGGCGGGAGCGCAUGAAGUGUGCACAUCCUGAGCUCUCCGUGCUUUCUCUUGUGCCCUUCCUUUUCCACCCCGACAUGCAGGGCUUUGCUUGCAUCUUGCAACGGGUCCUACGGCUUGGGGCUCAGACCUUCUCUUUCGCUGCCUUUCUCUCCCCGCCCCCCCACCUCCUCUCAAACCUGUCAUGGCCACUUCCGCAGCGCACAGCCCUUCUGAAUCUUUCAUGAGAUGUUCUUUGUCAGAGGCGAGGGGUUCUCCUAUUAAGCUGAGAGGCGCAGGGGCUCAUUCCUCUUGCCAGCGGUUGAGGUGGGGCAGGUGGCCAGCUGGAGGUGAGGGGGCGGGAGAGAUAAAAAGUCCAUUUUCUCUGCUGCUUCGUUUCAAAGCUGCUUUUUGAGGCUAUUAUCAAGCAAGCGUGUUUGGGCUUUGAAGUGCACAAAGGUGGGGUUGACCUGGCCAUGAGUUUUCCUUUUGGCAGAACUGAAAUGGUGAUAAUGAAGUAUACACUCCCAAACUUUGGUCUCUGUCUCUCUCUCUCUUUAAUUAGGGAGGCUCUGUGAUGUUUCUUUGGCGGCCUUGUAGAUUUAAGGCACAAACUCGCCUUAGCCAGGUGAGGGGGAGACACACAACUGAGCUAUGUUUGCAGCCAAAAGAUGGUUGCACCCAUCAGCGCAAAUGCCAUCUUCAUUCAGCUUUUUCUUUUCUUUUACAAAAGUAGGAAAACCGAGGGAGAACGGCUGGUUUCAAAGGCAGCAGGGGGCCGUGUCCAGGCAGUUUUGGCCAAAAUUUUGCUCUCCAGCUCUUCUGGAUUGUAUCUCCCAUCAGUGGAGGAUGUGGAAAUUGUAAUCCAAAUCGGCUCUGCCAGGUUGGCAGAGGCUGUGCCAGCCCCUGUGUAACUUCAUGAGAGGGUAAAUGUCCCUUCCCUUUUCUUAAAAAUAAAGUGGAGCUAGACGAACACUUCACCUCUGGAAAAUGAUCUUUUCUCUCUCUUACUCUUUUCAAAACCUUCUUAAAAGAGCUAUUAGAACAUAACUGGUAAAGACUCCAUUGGUGAAGGCUGGUUGGAGGAGACUUAAUACUGGUGCUGUCAUGGGCACUGUCCAGUUGGUUCCUGUGACGCUUACACAACAAGUUUUUCUGCAUAGCGCUGUCAGUAACUAGCAGUGAGUGACGUUUUCACGGCGACAUUUUUGUGGUUCCGACUGCAGAGGCAAAUGACACUCAUGGCCCCUGCUCUGCAACAGGAGAGUUAUCUCAGGAUAAAUCAUCUAGAUCCCCCGCAAAAAAGCGCAACAGCUUGCAGUUUAGUGCAUGAAACAUCCUGGCAGUGUAGGGAUCGGUGACGGGCCCUGUCGUCAACAAACAGCGAUAACUUCUUACCAGGACAGCUGCCUUCCCUACCCCAGAGUGUGCAACUUUUUUGGAGACUGGGGACAAUGAAGGUUCUUUCCAAAAGGCAAGAAGAUUGGCGAGAAUUUGGAAGUUUUGCAGGGCAGGGAAGCACACAGGGGCUGACCCCCCAACUAUGCUGUCACUCUGUGUGGCUGAUGCUUUUGCAUUUGCAAAAAACCCCGCAUGUCAGCGGGAAAAGUGCAACCUCAUGUUCUCUGCCACAGGCGGUUUUUUGUCCCGGACAAAGGCGCUCUCUCCAGAGGCCUUUGUGAUGCUGUUCAGAAUGUCGCUGGGAUUAAUUGUGCCAAUAGGUGCCUGAAUGCAGGGAGCACAAGGUUGCUUGCUGCGGCCACAAUUACCUCCUGAGCUGGACAGGGAGUCAAAGCUUGGGCAGGGGAGGUUCCCCCUCUCUGGGGUCAGCACUACCAGUUGGACUGCCAGCCUUGGGGCUCCCGCUGCAGGGGUGAUGAAACGACUCUCAGGCUUACUUUCUUGUAUGUGGGUAGAAGCGCGACACAGUUUCAGGGGUCAUAACUGCUGUUUGGGUUACCUUUAUAGCAGGAGGCAUGGGUACAGAAAUUCACAACCAUACCUUGUGAAAUGAUGCUACAAUGCUAGCAUUAUAGAGUUGGAAGGAAUCCCGAGGGCCAUCUACUCCAACCCCGGGCAAUGCAGGAACAGUGGUCAAAAUUAGCCAGGCGUGUUUUGCAACUGGAGCAGGACCGAUUGUGGCCAAAUGGAGAUCUCCAUCUGGCUGGCCGCUCCAUCUCUCUCCAGCAGCUAAGCAGAAUAGCUUAUUUAUUGCAAUUUAUAUCCCACCAUUUUCUCCAUGCUUCACCCACUUCCUCAGUUAAUCUCUACAACGACCCUGUAAGGUAGGUUAGGGGGCUGUGACUGAUUCCAAGAUCACCCAGUGAGCUUCAGGACUGAGUGGGGAUUUGAACCCAAAUCUCCCAGGUCCUAGUCUGACACUCUUAAGCACUACCCCACCCUGGCUUCCUACAGUACUUCACUAUGGGGCAGCUAUAUAAAUUGACUAGGUAAAUAUUGGGGAGAGCAAACUAUCACUGAGAGAAGUAUCUGAAAAAAAUUCCUUGAAGCCUGAAUUUGUUUUAUUCUGGAUUGUUUUAUUUGAUGUUUUAAUGUCUUGCAAGCUGCUUUGAGAUCCCCCCCUUAAUAGUAAUUAUAAUUAUAAUAAUAAACCACAUGGGGGGGGGGGGAGAGAAGGUGCCAUUUGGCCAAUAGCUUAUAUAUCUAUGAGUUUCUAAGAAUGGUCCUGCCCACAUCUAUCCCUGGCUGGGCUCGAACCACCAACCUUCUGGUUAACAGCCAGGCGCAUUAACCCAUUGUGCCACCAUUGAGUCAUUUUAUGUGACAACUUAAUACACUGCUGCUUGUCCCGGGAAGCCCCACGUAGGAAAGAGAUGUGAGGAAAACGUCUCUGCGAGAGAACAAGCAAAUAAUUCCUUCCCUGUCCUGGUACUUGCUUCUGCCAUUGAGUUCCUGUAGCCUCCGCGCCAUUGCUCUUGAAUAUGCUUGCCAGUCUACUUCGGUCCUAGUCGCUGGCUGAAAUCUAUCCUCGCAAUCGGAUAGUUUCUUGGAAGGAGGAGUGCCGACCUGCUGGCAGAGGUGGCAGGCUGGAGCUUCUCCCCCCCCCCCGCCCCCCAUAAAAGGCAUUUCCCUGCGGUACCAUGCCCCAGCCUGCUCUUUCAGCAGCCAAGAACGUUGCAAUGGCCUGUGAUGUCGGUCCAAACAGUUAGUAUCUCUUAAUGAGGUUCUGACUUGCCCGCAGUAAAACUUGGAACCAGGAGUCUCAAUGAGGAGCAGAGCACCUGAAACAAGCUGCAGAUUGCAUUUUGCCCCUUAUGACUCGGCACGUAUCCCGGGAGAAUCGGUUGGCUCAGCCGCACCCUUUGUUCUACGAUAUCAUCUGCCUCCUCCCCCCCCUCCCGCUUUCUACUUUCUCCCUUUGCUGUGGUUAAUCUUUCAUUCCUCGGUACUCCUUUUCUGCCUGUCUUAAGGAUAUUCUGCAGCUGGCAAAGGAUGCUUCCAGACAUCCCUGACCUGGAGCUUUGGGCAUGCCGGUUCAGAGCUUCCAAGCUUUGUGGUUCAGAUGGAGAUGAUAUGAACCUUGGAAGCUCCAUUGGCCCAUCCAACUCACUAUUGUGAAUCUCCAGGAUUGCAGGCAGGUUGUUCUUCCAGCCCCACCUUGAGAUGUUCAGGAUUGAGCCUGGACCUUCUGCAUGGAAAGCAAAUCCUCUACCACUGACCUAUGACCCUUCCCCAUGGUGUCUUCAGUAGAGCUGGGCGUUAUAGCGAUAUAUCAUCCAAAACCAUUUUGACGUGGUAUCAGUUUCGUAAUUGUUGACCUGGCAAUAUAUAGCAAAUGAUAAUGAUGUGCUAUGCAGAAAUCACAAGGCGGGGAAAAACCAUGAAGCCAGCCAAUGCCCCAAAUAGCUCCGUCCUUGUUUCAGACAUUGUGAUAUAUCAAAAUCUUUCAUUUAUAUCCUGUCUUCCUUCUGUCCAACAUGGUUCCACUCAGGCAUUGAUUGACCAGACCCAGAGCUGCUUAGUUGCAGCAAGAUGGUGGCCUCAUGUCCUCGUAUUGUGUUAUUAGACAGGCUAGAGAUGGCAGAGUUUAUGAUACAGAUAAAGUUGUAUCGUUUCUAUAAUAUUGUUCUGACUGGAAGGCCAAAAACCCCUCUUAAUGUUGAGGGUACAGUCUGUUUUGUCUGUAUCGUGUUGCUUUUCCUUGGUGUCGAGGGAGGGGGUGUCUUCAAGCACCGCCUGUUUUCCUCCUGUGAAACCGGUAUUUUGUUCUGGGGAGGGAUCAGAUAACGUCAUUUGACGUUUGGAUCUCAGACGCAACCUCUCCCUUGCACUCAUUUUCUUUGGGAAGCCAGGCUUCUUGCAGCAGCCGUUUUAUGACUUGCCACCCCUUGCCACGGCAGACAUUUUGUGGUAUAGCCAUGGCAGCUUCUCAAAUUCUGAAAUGUGCCCACAGGCUCAAAAAGUCUAGGAAUUCCUGCAUCCAUUUCCCCCCCAAUAUAUUGGUCCAAAUGCAUGUGUGUACACACACACACACACACACACACCGACGUCUGCUUCCUUUGUGCAUGUGUGUUUUCUCCACUGUUUUUUGAGACCAUUGCGAAGGAUGCGUUUUGCUAAUUGCUUUGUAAAAUGCAACUGCCUUCCAAUUAAAAAAUGCUUCACGUGGCACACAAAAGAUGCAACGGGAACGUGAAACUCGAAAAAUUCAUCAGUGUCUGCCUAAAACUUAGCCGGAGUCUGCUAGGGGGUGCAAAUUACGUAGGCUUCCUGGCUGAGGUGUGUGUGUAUAUAAAGUAAACUGUCUAAUGUAAUAAUUAGUCACAGCAAAACAGACACUUGUGCCAUCGUUCACAUAUAACAAGCAUAUACUGCUCUGCAAAGCAGUUAAAUCACUGUUGGGAGAAGCAAGUUGUACUCUGCCCUCGGGGCUCGACAGUAUAUUAGUUUCAGUAGGCCUGAGCUGACAGUGAAUCAGAGGAGGAUUUGGGAAACGAAGUUGCCCUCCCCCCCCCAAAAGCACCCCUCCUUUCCGCACUGUUUUGGGGUGGGCGCUGAGAACAGGGUCAAAAGUGUUUGCCUCUGCAAGGUGUAACGGGGGUGAUAUUGUUGCUGCUUUGAAUGGAGUUCUGUUUACUGCAGAGUGGCACCUUUGUACAAUUUUGGGCAGGAAACCAAAUGUCCUGAAUUGGGGUGGGGGGGCGUUCCAUGUGUCUGCACCUCCUUCGAAGUAAAAGUAGGCACCUUUAAGCAAGAUUCAUUAAAACUGUAAGUAGCACCUUGUUUGGCUCAGGUAUCUCUGCAUUAGGAAAAGUCUGUAUCCGUUGAAUUUUAGCCUGCAGUGUCAUCAACAGAGGAAUUCUGGGAAGGGGCAAAGGGGCAGCCUUAUGUCCAUUUGCCUUGAUGUCUCUCACAGUCCCUUCCCUUUUCUUUCAGCUGCUGAAAAGAUGCUUUCUGGCUUUUCCUUCUUUGUCUUCUUGAGCUCCCCACCCCCCACUUCCCCGCUUUUUUUUGUGGUUGACUGCUUACCGAGAUUUCUAAUUACUGCAGCGAUAGUUCUUUUUAAAAUUAUUUUUAGCCUCUUCUUGUGCCUCCUUGUUCGGCGCCCGUCUUUCAGGUGAGCUCGUGGAUCCUGACAAAAUCAGGAUGCAAAUGGCACGUCUCCUGUCAGAACGCAGCAUCUGUCAUGGAUCAGCACACUCUGGCGGAACAUGCCUCCGAGAAGGGCAUUUCGUGAGGGGGUGUGUGUGUGUUGGCUUUACCUUUUGGACAUGCGCUGAACAGGGAGGCAAGGUUGAUAGCAGGUCUAGAACUUUCCGCUGCUUUCUUCCGGCUCUUUCUUGGGCUGUCCCAGCGCAAGACACUCCUUGCUCCGGUCCCCCGAGAGCAGAUGAAGCAAAUAACCCCCAAAACUGCAGCCACAAAUCUAGCCGUAGUCGCUUAACACUUCAGGCAGGAUAAAGAUGGGCAGGCACAGGCCUGCAAAUAUCACUGUUUGCGGUGGUGCGCGCAUUACUUCAGCUUUGCAAAUAAGUUCACCGGCGUUAUUAGCCCUGGAAAACUUUUGCUAGCCUUCCCUGCCUCUGCGCUAGUGGUUUCUGGCACUGCAAGGGGGGGGGGGGAAUAUUUCUCACUUAACAGAAGCUACCCUGCGUGGUUGCCUGGAAACGGUUCUGAUUCGCCAUAGGAGACCAGAUGAUUAGCUAUUUACAAGCCUCCAUUACAAAUGUCCAGCUUUUUGUUUGCCUUGGCUAAAUUGGUUCCCCAGGGGUUCUCCCAAUUCUUUUGUCCUCCGUGGGUUCUUGCUGCUGCUGCUGCUGAUCUUUUUCAAAGGGGAAGGAGCACCCCCAGCAUCGGUCUCAGUACCAUUUUGGGGGUGCUGGCUUCAGGAACGCACCAGGAACUGAUACGCUUCUAACACACCUGUAAUUUAGGCAUUGCAGUUUGAACCAAGGUGUAAAAUCAUCCUUGUUUAAAUUGAUUUUUAAAAUACAUGUGCAAGUUCCUCCAUAGCAAAGGGUGUUGCAUGGAUUUCUGGGUGCCCAGGGUUCUUUGCAUAAAUACAGAAUUGGGAGCCUGGUCAUUUUGUGAUACUCCUUCUUUGUUUUAACGCAGGGAGGCCAGUCCUUUAAAAGCCCACUAUUUACCGUGUCACAUGUGUAGUUUGUCAUUGGUGCUCGGGCGCUUUGUGAGGGCCUGAAUUGGCUCUGAAUCAUGGACUGUGCGAACAGCUGAUUUGCACAACUGUUCUUGGGGACCGUGUCGUUUCUGAGCAUUUUGUGUUCGAAUGCUUCCCUGCAAAAAUAAUGCCUGCCAAAAGGCAAGCUAGCUUAAGCUAGAAGACACUUUGUUCCUGACAUUUGGUUUUCUUGGGGGAUUUCCCCCCUCAUCUGGGGGAACAUUUAGCCUUGCAGUCCCCCACUUUGCAGUCUGAACUGAUAUAGUCCAGGAACAGUUUUACGGCAAGAUCUGCUUUCUGCACAAAACAGGUCUGAGUGGUGCCUUGGCAUGAGAUGGAAACCAUCCAUCUUCCAGUGCGAUCCUUGAGCUUUGAUCAGGCUCCAGUCUGCUUCCCACCCUUCUGGAGCAGCUGUUCCAUCACAGCCCCAUCUCUGUUCCAGGGGGGUAGCACUUGGAUUCCUAAAAUCCCGGGAUGCGGCGUAACCUCCUUGCAAGACCAAACUGGAAAACUAAUUGCUGUCUCACCAAGAGGGUGCUGAAGGGCGAUGGGGUGGGAGUGGGAGAUGGCAAAAAGGCGGCCCAUAUAGCAUUGCCACCUGCGUUGGCGGCACAUGGUGUUUUUUUUUCUUUUUUGUUGCUCCAAAAUUCCACUUCUACUUUGGUAUCCUUACUUAGAUUUGAUAGUUCCAUAUUGCCACGGACCUGUACAAAAACAGUUUCGGCUAAUCCAGUAUUCUCAUUUUGUUUAUGCAGCACCAUCAGUGUACACAGGACUUUUUAGUUUAGAGAAUGCCCAUAAAAGGAAAAGGUAAAGGGACCCCUGACCGUUAGGUCCAGCCGCGGACAACUUUGGGGUUGCGGCGCUCAUCUCGCUUUAUUGGCCGAGGGAGCCGGUAUACAGCUUCCGGGUCCUGUGGCCAGCAUGACUAAGCCGCUUCUGGCAAACCAGAGCAGUGCACGGAAACACCGUUUACCUUCCCACCAGAGUGGUACCUAUUUAUGUACUUGCACUUUGACGUGCUUUUGAACUGCUAGGCUGGCAGGAGCAGGGACCGAACAACAGGAGCUCACCCCGUCGUGGGGAUUUGAACCACCGACCUUCUGAUCGGCAAGUCCUAUGCUCUGUGGUUUAACCCACAGCGCCACCCGCAUCCCUUUUUUAAACCAAAAGUGGAUGCCAAUUUGCCAAAGAUUCUUUAGCUGAGAUUCCUGCAAGCCCUAGGCUCUGUGGUUUAACCCACAGCGCCACCCGCGGCCUAGAAAUGCCCAUAGAACUAAAAAAUUGUAGAGCCAUCUAGUCCAACCCCCUGCGAUGCAGGAAUCUCAGCUAAAGCACCCCUGACAGAACCUAUGCCAGAUGCCUCCAAUAUAGUCACCAAGUCCUGCUUUCCAUCUGUUUUAUGUCACCUUCUAUAUCUUCACAAGGCAGGUCAGGCUGAGAAGUGAGCAAAAACAAUGAGAAGUGAGUUUAAAAUGUGAAACUGCACAUAACCAGCGCCUUUCCUUUUUGUUCAUUAAGGUUCCCAAAAUGUUUUCCCUUUGGGUUUUCAUAGAAUCAUAGAAUCCAAUUCUAUGGGACCCCAGGGGUCAUCCAGUCCAACCCCCUGCAAUGCAGGAACGUCAGCUACAGCAUCCAUGACAGAUGGCCACCCAACCUCUGCUUAAAAACCUCCAAGGAAGGAGUGUCCACAACCUCCUUCGGGAGUCUUUCCCACUGUUGAACCGCUAUUACUGUCAGAAGGUUCUUCCUGAUGUUGAGUCGGAAUCUCCUUUCUUGAAUUCAUUGAUUCAGUUCCGAGCCUCUGGAAGAGGUUUAUGGUUUACUUGGAAACAUGGUCAAUAAUCACCGGCUAAAAACAAAGAAAGAAAAGCCUGCAAACAAAACUUUUGCACAAGAACAGGCAAUGGAGGAAAGGAAGGACGACAUAGAAUCAUAGUUGGAAGAGACCCCAAUAAUCAUCUCGUCCAACCCUCUACACUGCAGAAAUAUGCCCUUACGGGGGACCAAACCUGCAACUUUGGCGUUAUAAUCAGAAUACUCUAACCAGCUGAGGUAUCCAGCUGAUGGCAUAAAAGAGCCCUGCUGGAUCAGGCCAGCGGUCUUAUCUGGUCCGGCAUCCUGUUCUCACAUUGGCCAGCCAGAUGAUUGUGGGGAGCGUACAAGGAGGACCGUGGAGGCACAACAGCCCACUCCCCUCCUGCCGUUUCCAGCAAGGGGUAUUUAGCGCAAGCACACUGCCUCCCAGCAGCGGACAGCGACGUGUGGCAGAUGUAGGCUAAGACACUCGAAUGUAAUCCAAAGUGUGCCGUAGUUUGGGGCGAGGGGUUGGGAUGGAGGCUAAAACCAAGACCGUGGAAGAGGUGGGCUUUGAGGAGGACUCUGAAGAAAGUUGGCAUCCCUUAAGUGUGUGUGUGUGUAACCUCUGCAGACUGCAACUCCCAUUGUCUCUGACCAUGUUUGCUGGUGCUGUUGGGUGUCCAAAAGCUUUUAGUUUCCCACCCCUGGCUUAGGUGAUCUGGAAGGGAGUCCCAGGCAAGAGAGAGAGAGGGAGAGACGGGAACCAUUUCUAGAUUUAAGACAAGAUUCAGCAUUCUGGCGCACUGUGGGGAGUGUUUUGGACGUCCAUGUGCUGCAUUCCGCGGCACUUGUUUUCAGGGCAAAGCAUGGGUGGUAUGCAAACCACUUCCAGCACGCGCAAGUUUCCUUUCAAUAAACGCGGAAGCCCAUCAAUCAUGCCUUUUGAUGGGAGAUAGAUCACUCGGUUGACAGGCCAUAAAUUCCUCACUUUUGAGAGCGGCGUGACGGUUUCCUGGCACGGCGCAUAUCUGGCCUCCCCUCCACAAGGCAGAGAUGGUAUCUCGGUGGCAGAGCGCAUGUGCUUUUUGGGGUUUGCUCCCGCCCACUCUUCGUUGGGACUGCACGUGUCCAACCUGUUCUGUAAGGACCAGGAACAAAACACCUGCCACCAUGUCCUCCUUUGUUUAUCGUGGCUUGUUUGUUUUGUAAGGCAGGAGUUACUUUAAAUCUCGACAAGUGAAAAAUUUGUGCAAGCCUUUGCUUGUAGCAAGGGCGGGAAACCGGCAAUUCUCCAGAUGUUGUUGGACUACAAUUCCCAUCAUCUGCAGCUAGCCACAGGGGUCAGGGAUGAUGGGAGAUGUGAUUCUGUGUUUUGGGUGUGAUUCAGAAAAAAACUGGGCUGGUAGUACUAUGAGUAUUCCCGAAAACAGCCACCAGUUAGAUGGUGUUUUCUGACUGUAUCUCUCUCUCUCUUUCUCAAAUGGGCAAAAGUAAUAAAAUGAUGCUAACUGCUACUCUGUGGGCCUUGGGGAGAAGGUAAUUAGGACAGGAGCUGCAUAAAGUCAUAAUGUCUAGCUUUGACUCUUACAUUGUGAGCAGGAAGGUCCCAGCCACUUUGGGUGACUGCGAUGGAGAAGUUUUGUUCCACAGAAGGGUGCCAAGGGUGCAGCGACGACAAACAAAUUUGUCCAUUUCACUUCCCAUCCAAUUCUCAUUAUUCCCAGCCUCAAGUUUGCCCCGUUUCUGCAUCAGGUUGCGAUUUCAUUUUUUAAGCGAAAAGUCCUCGAGAAAACUCAACGGUAGUUUAGCACACUUUACUGCUCAUCUACUCAUUUCCAAGGCAGUUUUGCCUCGUACACACAUUUUUUUUUGCAAGCAAUUUCCCCUACUAUAACACUUUUCUGUACGUUGACAAAAAACAACAACAACCAUGUGCCCUUUUAUACGUGCAUGUUCCCCUAAUGCGUGUACGCAUUUUGUAUACGUUUUCAGGGCUGAAGAACUGCCUUGCAAAAUUCAGAGAAAUGGCAGGUUUUGAAGGGCAGCGGUGUCUCAGUUUGCACAUUGUUUCAGGAAGUCCAAACUAGGGAGAUUUGAGUCAAAAUGUGAACCGAACCGAACUAACUGUGCCCUACAGGGUAAUCCCUUGUGGCUGGUUUUCUCGAGUCAUUUCCCUGUACUGCCCGGUCUCUCAUGAGACCUCUUUAUAAGGACAGGUACUCAAAACCUUUUAAAUAAAACAACCAGUCAUGAACUGGGGUCUAUUUUUGUGAUGUGUGCUUGCUAUGCUGCUGGAACUCAGUUGUGUUAUAAACUCUUGCGGCCGCACAACUGUUUUUGCCACGCAUCUGAUUUUGCCCUAGAUCCUUCCUCUCUCUCUCUCUCUCUCUCUCUCUCUCUCAGCUGAUGCUAUCAACCUGCUAGUGUUUGGUCCCACAUGUCAAAUGCCCAUCUUUCUCUUGUCGUGGAUGCCAGCAAGCUGCAGAACGGCUACUCAGGGUCAACCAUCUUUGGUUACGGCCCCGACAAAAAUCCCAAAUGCGCUGUUGUUCAUUCUCUCUCUCUCUGUCUCUCUGUUCACCCCCAAGGCUGAGGCUGGGACUUGGGAGGCUCUUUGGGGAAUGCUGACAGGGAGGUUUUGGCUGUUAAUCUGCUGCUGGAAUGUUGGCCAGACGGUCAAAUUCUUCCCCCCCUAUUUUUUGAAAUGGCACGAGUGAGCGGCGCAUGAGAAGCUGCCUCCCUGCUCUUCUCUUGCUGGAUAAACCUGCUUCAGCCUUCGCCGCCCUAGUCACGGGGAAAGCACUCCUUCUACCAGCGCUGUGGUUAAUACAUGCCAGCACUGCCAAAGUCUGGGAGAGGUGGGGGGGGGGAGAGAGAGCUUUUCCUGCCUCUACUGCCAGGUCUGUGCAGAAGUGAGGAAUGGGAGAGGUCAAAAGGGUGGAGGAAGGGCAGUCAUUAGGGUAGACCAAGCGUGUAACACCAGGGAAAUCUCCUUCCUGAAGGCAAAACAGCCCUAAAGUUCAACCGUAACAAGGACCCUUCUUGUCCUGCAAUCUUCCCACAUCCCAUUCCAUCCCAGGGUUAAGUUUUCUCUUUUUAAAAAAAUAAGAAAUGAUCUCUAGGGGCUUGUGUUAUGUGUAGGUUUCUGGUGCUCUUGUUUCUUCCUUUCCUCCUUCAAGUGACAGGGCUUAGCUCUGGAACCUGUCAAAGGCAGCAAUGCCAUGUCCCAGAGCAUGCACAAAGUGCUAUCCGCUGGGCCAACACAGGCAGCAUCCCCGUAACUGGGCUGCAGGUGAAAAGUCAUUCUGUGGGAGACCCAGUUCGCGGUAAUCUAUCUGCUGCCUCGUUUUUCUGUGCCAGGCUAGGGGGUGUGCCAAGCUGAAGGUCCUCUUUGCUGUUUUCCAGAAGUGGAAUGGUCUCUUUUGGUGUAAUUUGACACACGUGUUGCUGUAACACGUUUUAUUUUAUUUGUAUUUGUUUUUUAUUUGCCCUGCCUCCAUAGAUCUCGGGGCUGUUUACUGCAUAAAAACACAAAAUACAUAAUAAGUGCAAGAACGAAAACAAACCAAUAACCCAAUGAUGUUAAUGAGAGUUUUCGGUCUAUUGCUGAUCUUAAUCUUUUGAAUGGUUCUUUUAAACUGUUUUUUGCCCAUAAUUUAAUUGUGUAACUCCUUGGGUAAAACCUGCUUGUGGUUUUUAUUUUUUUACUUUUACAAUCAAGCAGUAUAGAAAUAAAACUAAUAACUUUGUGCAACAGUGACCUCCAAGUUGUGUGUUUCUCUCUCUCUCUCCCACCCUCUAGAAACUCUGAUGGAUACGAAGUGGGUGACGUCUGAGCUGGCGUGGACGGCUCAUCCCGAGACUGGGGUAAGAUGUUCCAUUCUCCAAAGGGGCUGGGUUGGAACCAGACGUGGGCAAAAUUAAGAGCCACACUGCUUUUGUCUGCCUUUACUUUCCUGUGCGUCUCCGCAACUUAGGUUUAGCUUAAUCAAUAGAGCGUGAGACUCUUGAUCUCAUGGUCGUAGGUUCGAAUCCCGCACUGGGCAAAAUAUCCCUGCAUUGCAGGGGAUUGGACUAAAUGACCCUCGUAGUCCCUUCCUACUCUACAGUUCUGUGAUUCAUUGAUUCACCUGCUACUCCCAAAUAUUGCUUCAGCCACCCAUGUGAAUUCCUAGCAGUUGCAAUGAGGGUAGCCCAAGAAGGCCACUUAGACCUAUAAAAACCAUGGAAAUCAAUCAUUUGCAGAAUUUGCCUUUUGAGCAUUAUGCACCAGGGCAGUGCUCAUUCACAUCAAACCAUAGUUAAACAAUAACUAUGGCUUAACUUGACAUGUGAGCACAUACUUUUUUUAAAAAAACAACAACAUAAAAUGUCAUAAGAACUUCUGCUUCAGUCUUACUAUAACUCAGAUGAUUUUUUUAAAGCAGUUAUUAAAAAAAACAUUUCCUAGAAUCAUAUAAUUUUAGAGUUGGAAGGGGCCCCGGGGGGUCAUCUAGUCCAACCCCUGCAAUGCCAGAAUUUGCAGGCAGAGGUUUGUGUAGCAGUGACUGGUAAAGGAGGAAGUGGGAUAAGUAAGGGGGAGUAGGUUGUGUGUGGGGAUGAGUUGUGUCUAGAGCCUGUGAAGGGAAAAGACAGAGGUCACCAUAGCAGGGAACCAAAAGAUUGAUUCUUUGGGGAACUGUAGUCAUGUGUAGAAUAAUCAUAGGUGAUUUCUUAAAGUUUGUGCUCCCGCGUCAUGUUAAAAACCAUAGUUAUUGUUUAACUAUGGUGUAACGUGAAUGAGCUGUGCCAUAGUGCAUUCUGCUUAAAAAAAGCUCUGCUUUGAUCUUCCCCUGCUUGCUUCUGGAACAGCAAACCACAACAAACCACAGGUCUUUGCUCGUUGUGUCGUCUGAACCUGAGCUCAUGGUUUGUUUUCCCCAAAGAUGCCACAAGCAACAAGCCGAAGAACAAACCUUUGCUAUAGCUCAUGGUUUGUUUGGAAAGAAACAAACCAUUAGCCCAGGUUCAAACCAGCACAGCAAGUCGAGUCGUGAGGCUUGUUGUUCCUGAUGCAGCCAGGAGUGUGGUAAGAGUGAACCGGGGACAUUUGAGUAGCGUUCUCCGGCACUCCGGCAUGCUGUUGGUUCAGAUUAAACUAUAGUUACAUUAAACCAAGCAGUAAAAAAAAAAAGCCCUCUAAUGAUUCGAUUUUUAAAGGGAGUCGGUUUUGUGCCAUUAGCCUUGUCCUGCUUCUGCAGAAAAUAUUGGGUGCGUAGAAUUAUAAGAAGCCUUGGGGAAGUUUCAGAGACUGAUAUAUGUCAGCUGUCAUCAUUCUGUCAAACUCUAGCGUGACCAAAGAGCAGGACCCAGAAUAGGAAUGUUCAUAAGGAGCAGACUUAAUAACUGGGGUCACCAGAGCCAAAGAGAGAGUUUAGCCACCUCGGUACACUCUUUUAUUUUAUCCUAUAUACAGUGGUACCUCGGUUUACGAACUUAAUCCAUUCCUGAAGUCCGUUCUUAUACCAAAUCCAUUCUUAAACCGAGGCGCGCUUUCCCUAAUGAGGCCUCCCGCUGCCACUGCCCUUCCACCAUUCGGCUUCUGUUCAUAGACCGAGGUAAAGUUCACAAACCGGAACACUACUUCCGGUUUUGCGGAGUUCAUAAACCGAAUAGUUUGUUAACAGGACUGUUCGUAAAGCGAUGUAUCACUGUGGUUGGAUGGUCUCUCCAUUCAGUUCUAUGGGGCAAAUUAAACUGCAGCCUCCCCUGUUGCACAGGCUGGCCUAGUCCCCUCUUCCGGGGAUUCCCCUCUCGUGUAUUUGCACAUAAGUGUGUACACGCAUGCCUGUGUGCAAUGCAGUAUAUGCAGAGAUGCACUGCGCCACCAUCAGAGUAUAUACAUCUGUAGUAGAUGCAGAUACGAGCACACACAGAACACUUGCCAUAACCGGAAAUUUGCUAGCAAAUAAUAGAACGGCAACAAAAAUGGGCGAUCUUGGUUUGCUCCUUUCCUCAUAACAUCCAAACGUGUCCUGGGGCCUCUGACCUCCUGUUUGUUCACCAACCAAUAUUGCUGAAUGGUGCUGCUCGUUAAUAGCAUCAUUGACUUCAUGACCACAACAAAAGCCUGUUGCAAGUUGUUGCAGGCAGACGUUGCGUGACUUCAUCUCUUCCCACGGCUUUCCCUUUUGUUUCUGCGCUUUCGUGGGGUUUUCGCUACAACCCAUGAGAACUAGAAACUCCCCCCAAUAUAUCAUCCCCCCACUCCCCCAAGCAAUGAAAGCUGUGCAUUCGGGGGUGGGAGGGUGAGGAAUGUUCUUCUCUCCAGGCAAGUUUUCAGCAAAUCUUCCUCACCCUCCAGCUUCCCCGCCAAUUGCAUUAUGGGGCCGGGGUUUGGGAGCCAGGGUUGAGAGCUCUGUUCCAGGCCAAGGUUUGCAUUUCCUCCUGGAACAUUUUCCGUGGGCUGCAUGUCAGUGUUGGGUGUGGCCAGAGGCAAAACUGGGUGAAUCAGUGAAUUGGGACUCUCUACGGUCAGCUACAUUCCAGCCGUGCAAAACCAGAUUUUUAUAUUCUAGUACGAAAACGGCACAGAUCAACUGCCUAGAGUUAACUGCCUUCACAUAACUUCCAGUGUGAGAGCCAGUGUGGUGUAGUGGUUAAGAGUGGUGGACUCAUAAUCUGGUGAACUGGGUUCGCGUCUCUGCUCCUCCACAUGCAGCUGCUGGGUGACCUUGGGCCAGUCACACUUCUUUGAAGUCUCUCAGCCCCACUCACCUCACAGAGUGUUUGUUGUGGGGGAGGAACGGAAAGGAGAAUGUUAGCCACUUUGAGACUCCUUCGGGUAGUGAUAAAGCGGGAUAUCAAAUCCAAACUCUUCUUCUUCUUCCAGUUUGGGCUUUGAGAUGGAGCUAAGAUUGCUAACGGAUGAUGCCCAUGCAGAUUUGUUUUUUUAAUUUCACCCUGCCUUCUCUCCAAGGCUUGUGUGCUCCUGCCUCUGCAGCUAAUCCCACGUGCAAAGGGUAUUAGUGCCGAUUUAACAGGAGAGAGGGGCCUUAGCUCUGCAGUGGGGAGCAGAAUUUUGCAAGUAGCACAUCCCAGGUUCACUCCUGGCAACUGCGCUCUGAGGAUGUUGCACUUGACGGGCUGGGAAAAGGCUUAAGCUUGGGAGACUUUGGGGUGUCUCUCUGCCAAAGAAGGCAACCCAGGACUGAAACCAGCUGCCGGUGGGGGCAAAGGGCUCUGUGCCCUGUUGUCAAGUGGGCUUGUGGGCUUCCCAGAGGCAACUGGUUGGCCACAGUGGGAUUUAGGAACACAGGGGGGGCUGCCUUUCACUGAGUCAGAUCAUUGGUCUAGCUCAGUCUAUUCUGAUCAGCAGUGGCUCUCCAGGAAUUUUGGGUGGAGGUCUUUCCUUGCCAUACCUGGAGAUGCCAGGGACUGAGCAUGGGACCUCCCACAUUCAAAUCAAAUACCCUACCACUGAGCUACAGUCCUUCUCCAUGAUUUAUGGCAGCAGCCUUUAUGUCCUUGCAUCCAAACUUUUCAGUAGCAAACAGCUUACGUUUGGAAGAGUCUCAGUGAUAUGCCUGGGUGUCCUGGUUUGCUUUGCCCUUCUUAGAGUGGCUUGAAUUUUUCGAUUUUUAUUUUCAAAAAUGAGGGGUACUAAAAAGUUGAAGCAUGACUCAGGAAAUCAAAUAGCGUUUUUGGCUAAAUUAUUAUGAUUUCGCUUUGCUUGAUAGUUAGAAUGUGUGUGAAAUUGGACAGAAGUCGUUAAAACUGCCAAUACUUGCAGUUAUAUUAUAUAUUACUAUUAUUAGUAUUUAUAAUUACUAUUAUUUAGCAUUACCUGACAGUUUCAUAAGGUCAAAUUAAAAUGCUCUGGUUUUAAGCUACGGGACAAGGAUAACUGUGACUUUAAGGAUGAAUGGGAACCUUUCACAAAGUAAUUGAAGACGCAACAAAGCAAACUGGACUCCUUGGCAGGUUUUGAAUAAACAUCCACAUUUAUUUUUUUUACUGAUAAUAAUUAGCUAAACAGUUGGAGGAUUUAUACAACUCUGUAACAUACAGAAAAUAGCAUUAUUGGAGAAACCAAAGACUGGAACUGAGGGAAGUCGGGGGGUGGGGUGGGGGAUGGGUUUUGUGGGGGGAGGAAAAAUGGGGGGGAAUAAGGAUAUGUUUUUGGAAAAUAUGUUUUGUUAUAACUUUGAAUAAAAAAAUAAAUAAAUAAAAAUGCUCUGGUUUUCCAAAAGCGGUUAAACUUCUUAAUCAGAUGUAGACUUGCCAAGCCAAAAGUUAUCCAAUCACAAAAAUAACAGCAGAUUUGAAUUCCUCACAUCCAAAAAACACUUUUUCUAGGAGAAAAAAAUUGCAAAAAAGUAAGUUUCUCCUCCCCCCCCAAACGACACGCCCUACUUAGCCAUGCCUCCCCUUUCUCUCAUUAAAAAUAAAGAAAUAAUAAUGGACCGGUGUCAUUUAAUUUUGUGCAGUGGGAAGAAGUCAGUGGCUACGACGAGGCCAUGAACCCCAUCCGGACGUAUCAGGUGUGCAACGUGCAAGAAAUGAACCAGAACAACUGGCUGCGCACCCAGUUCAUCGAGCGCCACGACGUCCAGCGCGUCUACGUGGAGCUGAAAUUCACAGUGCGCGACUGCAACAGCAUCCCCAACAUCCCCGGCUCUUGCAAAGAGACCUUCAACCUUUUCUACUACGAGUCGGACACGGACUCUGCCUCUGCCUCCAGCCCCUUCUGGAUGGAAAACCCUUACGUCAAAGUGGAUACAAUUGCCCCCGAUGAGAGUUUCUCGAAGCUGGAAUCCGGCCGGAUGAACACCAAAGUCCGCAGCUUCGGGCCCCUUUCCAAGAAUGGCUUCUACUUGGCUUUCCAGGACCUGGGAGCUUGCAUGUCGCUCAUCUCCGUCCGUGCCUUCUACAAAAAGUGCUCCAGCACCAUUGCUGGCUUUGCCGUUUUCCCCGAGACCUUGACUGGAGCGGAGCCGACCUCCUUGGUCAUUGCUCCGGGCACCUGCAUCCCCAAUGCGGUGGAAGUGUCCGUGCCCUUGAAACUCUACUGUAAUGGCGACGGGGAGUGGAUGGUACCCGUGGGAGCUUGCACCUGUGCUGCUGGGUAUGAACCGGCUAUGAAGGAGACUCAGUGCCUAGGUAAGUGGUGGCCUCCCUCCUGGCGUUCCUUGGUUGCCUGUGUUGAGACUGUUGCUUUAGUUCCUGGCCGGUUUGCCCAAUGUAUGCUGCUGGUGUAGACAUUUUGGCACGCGAAGGAGAAAAUCUUAACUCUCUCUUUCCCGCCGCCUCCAUCCCCACGGGUCAAAAAAUUAAUUAGAUUAUGAUUUCCGCCAGCUAAACCAGAUGUCUCACCUGACUCAUGAUAGGGCCGGCUCAUUGAUAAUGGUAUACACCUUCAAGUCAGUCUUAGCUUUUGUCUUCGUAUACAACACUGUGCAAGGAACUUGAGGCUGCAGAACUGGCAGCCGCCAACAGUGGUCAAGAGUGGGGCAAAGGCAGCAUGUCAUGGGCUGGUUGGAAGGCAGCAGAGGCAAGAACCUUUUAAGGUCUCUAGAGUCCGUACUGUUUUUCAGGGCUUUAUAUGAUCAAAAGCAGCACCUUGUUCUCUGCUCUGGAACGAUGCCACCAUCCCAGGUUCCUGCUCUCUCUUUAUGCAACUGACAGCUCACAAAUGCCAGAAGUGUGCACACACACCACUCUCCUUUGAGCCUGACCUCCUGACAUCUUAGCUUUAAAAUUAAAAGGUCUCUGUUUCUGGGUCAGAGCCUGGGCACAUUAAAGCCUCUGAGGUUUAUACUGGCCUCGUCUCGCUAAUACCUUCUGCCAUGGCGAAUGUCUGGUGGGUGUUUGAAAGUCUAGCAGGUAGCCAGAGAUGCUAUAGGAAGCAGCUUAUCUCUGCUUUCUUCCUUAGCACUCUUUCCCCCAAUUCCUCUGGUCAUAGAGUGCUUAUUUCAGUGUCUGGAGGUUAUCUCCCGAAGUGUAAAUCCAAUUGACUCUGAAUCAAACAAAGCCUUGUGGUAUUGUCACUGCGAGGCGGUGCUGGGAUAUUGAGGAGCAGCCAUCCGUGGCUUGGAGGGGUAGCCAGAGAAGCAAAAGAGUGAGCACUGCCUGCUCCCAGCUUCGAGGCUGCGAACCUGGAAUCGUAGAACCGUAGAGUUUGAAAAGGGACCCCAGGGGUCAUCUAGUCCAGCCCACUGCAUUGAAGGAGUCACAGCUAAAGAAUCCCUGACAGAUGGCCACCCGACCUCUGUUUAGAAACCUCCAAGGAAGGAGAGCCCACCAGUUUCUCAGGUAGACUCGCUCUCAGGAAGUUCUUCCUCGCGUUUAGUCGGAAUCUCCUUUCUUGUAAAACCUGUUCUUUUGAAAAACAUGUCUGUAAAACAUGGCACCCGCACUAGGACAUUGACUCAUGCUCUGAUGUGUGUGUGUGUGUGUUUUAGUGCUUUUGUAGGGAAUGCAAAGUAUAUCAUCACGUUAACACUUAAUCACAGCUGCAAAAGAUCUGGGAACUUGGAGGGCAGGGAAAAUGGGGGAAAGGGGGAGAGAGAGAGAGAGAGAGAGAGAGAGAGAGAGAGAGAGAGAGAGAGAGAGAGGUCUCUCCUAUUGUGCUGCUCCUUGGCUCAGGCUGCCAGAGUGUGAAUUCUGCCUGCUCUGGAGCCCAGCCAACAAUGAAGACACCUUUCUUUGAGAAGUCCCUGAGUCCAUCUGAGCGUUUGCCUCAAAUUGCUCUGAAUUUUUGAACAAGCCGCCUGAGCUGUAUGUACCUGCUCUAGAGCUCAGGUGACCACCGCAAAAGGGAAGAUCAGUAGGAAUCUGCCUUAUACUGGCUAGCUCCUGACUGCAGACACUGACUGGCAGCAGCUGUUCAGGAUUUCAGGCGUAUGACUUUCCCAGCAGGUUCCCAGAGAUGCUGGGAAGUGAUCCUGGGACCUCCUGCAGACAAACCAAAAACUCCCUGACCUUCUCAAAGGGAGGGAGAAGGCUGUCAUGCCCAGGAAAGGUCAGCAAUGGGCCAGGAGCAAUUGCCCCUGGAUUUGUAGAGCAUAGCAUGCCCUUUGGCAGUAGCAAACUUUUAAGCCACAGCCAGUCUCUUUCUGAUUCUUUUGGUGGUUGGGAAGGAGAACUAAUUCUCCUGUGCGCUAUGUUUUGUUUCAGUCCAUUAACUCUCCACUCCCACUUAAUCACCUUUAGGGUAAUUUUUGGAACAGUAGAUGAUUACUAUUUUGCUUCCGCGAAUGGGAAACGGAGGCUGGUUCUGUGUAGUGUCCAAGGCAGCCAAGGGGACUUGUUGUUGACGUGAGAAUUAGGCUUAAGCCACUCACAACCUCAGAGGGCUGUUGUUGGGAAUCAAAUGAGGAGCUGAACAGGGAGAACCAUGUCUGCUGCCUUGAGCUAUUCGGAGAAAAGGGUGGGAUAAAAAAAUGCAACUAAUGAAUAAAUUGAUCCUGAAAGGCCCCUGAAAGAGCAGUAGAGUUUAGGCUGCGAUCCCACACUCACGUGCCAGAGAGUAAGCUCCAUUCAAGUCAAUUGGACUUUCUUCUGAGUAGACAGGCAUCAGAUUGCACUCUUAAUUGUUCUCCUUCCCCCUGCAAAAACAAAACCAAACAAGAAAACCCAACCAGGUAUUUUAUGUCUGUUCUUAACUUGCUGUGACUCCUCCAAGCCUUCAGGAGUGAGCAAACUGGGACUCCUAAAUCAAUCAGUCAAGAGAACCUGCGUAGACAAGGGGAGGAGAAUCAGGGUGCCUGCAGGGGAGACUGCAGCGACAACAAGAACUGUUGAAUAUUUGGCACUGGUGGCUGCCAAGAUUUACCUCUGGAGGGUUAUUCUCAGGGAGAGAGCUUCUGCAAAACCUGAGCUUAGUGGGGUGUGAUCCCGCCGGGUCAUGUCACGUGUAGAGGAGGAGGAGAACCUCAAGCUCAGGGGCCAGACCUCUCUGUUAGGCCCUUGGAACUCUGCUUAGGCCACAUACCCGCCCCAGCCACAUCCUCUUUCUCCAGGCCACUCUCCUUACCAGCCUUUGCUCCGUAGCUUAAUCUCAGGGUUGUGGGUUCGAGCCCCAUGUUGGCUGAAAGAGACCCGCAUUUCAGGGGGUUGGACUAGAUGAUCCUUGCGGUCCCUUUCAACUCUACAAUUCUUUGAUUCUAAGAUUCACAACCUCCUUGGGUGUUCUUGCCUGGCUGGAAUGUGUCUUUGGACUCUAAUAGUGACUCGUUUGCCUGAUGUUGGGCGUGUGAUUUGUGUGUGUGGAAACCAGCCCACUUGAAGGUAAUGGCUUUCUUUUCUGUUUGCCCUCCAGAAUCUGGUAUACAUAGGUUUGCUGCAUCUGUGUAUGGAGGUUCAGUUUAGCUGUCAUGUCCGAUAGACGAAUUCCCCAUGCAGAUGCUGUUGUUUGUUCUCCCUCUUUUGGGAAUGAAUUCCAUAAGCGGACCAUGUGUUCAUCCUCCUAAGUGAUUCCACCCCCACCUCCCGUUAGAUUUGAUACUGUUUGUACAAAACACAGAUGGGCAAUCUGUGGCCCAUGUAUCUUGCAGCCAUAAUGUCAUGCAGGUGGCAAGUAAGGUGGGAAAUGGGGUGCGAGGCAAGGGGAUGGUGGGGUAAGGGUGUCCUCACCCACUUCAGACUCCAUCCCUGCUUGCUGCUGGUAUGGGACUCCUAACAUAUAUUAUUAAUCCCAAGGUAAUGUGGACCUUUGGCAGGGAAAGGGUUACCCACCCUUGGUGUAAAAUGUGUGAAUAUUUGAAACUACAAAGCAAGUUGCUGGUCAUGAGAUGGGUAAAAGCACCAUAAUACUAAUUGCUGUGAUGUUAUUUUUUUACUGGUGAGUAAAAAUCUGGCUAGGGACGCAGGUGGCGCUGUGGGUUAAACCACAGAAGCCUAGGACUUGCCGAUCAGAAGGUCGGCGGUUCGAAUCCCCACGACGGGGUGAGCUCCCAUUGCUCGGUCCCUGCUCCUGCCAACCUAGCAGUUCGAAAGCACAUCAAAGUGCAAGUAGAUAAAUAGGUACCGCUCUGGCGGGAAGGUAAACUGCGUUUCCGUGCGCUGCUCUGGUUCGCCAGAAGCAGUUUAUGCUGGCCACAUGACCUGGAAGCUGUACGCCGGCUCCCUCGGCCAGUAAAGCGAGAUGAGCGCCGCAACCCCAGAGUCGGUCACAAUUGGACCUAAUGGUCAGGGGUCCCUUUACCUAAAAAUCUGGCUGGUUUGGUGGCACCACCCACAGCUCUGUGCUGGGUCUUAACGUUUUUGUCUGAUUGAUCAAAAUAGGCCAGGCUAUCUUCCCUACGGUUUGUCUGACCUUUCCUCCUGUUUUCUACCUCCCUGUAUCUUAGGGGUCUCCUGGCCCUGCCCCAGGCAGAUAUUACCAACCAUACCAGUAUUUGUAAGUUCGGGUCCAUGUGUUCUGCCAUCUUGCCUUGCUGUGUUCAGCCAUUUUGUCGGACAAGGCAAGAAAUGAUUCAGCAGCAAGCUCUCAGCCCUUUUUGGACGUCUGCUAAAGUUUUGACAGGUGUAGACUUUGCUACGAUAUCCAGUUCAUCAUCUAGGCAGGUUCUUGGCGCAGAUCCAGUACAAAUCUUCAUUUGCUACUUUGUGCGCUGGAUAAUUUAACAGAAAAGGAAAAAAAGAGAGAGAUGCGUGUACAUGUGUGUGUCUUCUUGUGCCUUUAAAGCUGGAGAUCUUCCAUAUGAAGGUUUCAUGUCCGUAAAUGGAAACAGAUUUUAAGGAUUUGCAGCGCCUUGAAGUUUGCCAGAUUUCCUGUAAGUUGUGAUGGGACUUUGAAAAUGUUCACAUAUUCCUUGGGCAAAUAUGAAAUAGACCUGACUCUCCACUCACGCUUCCUUCCCACUCUCUUUUAAGAGAGGGAUUCGGGAAUCUUCUGCUUAUAUGCAGUCCCGAAAAAUCCUCCCAUAAAAGGCUUGCGUGUGAAAUCAUAAUUUGCAAGCCUAAUGUUCACUCCUGGGGGAGAGGAUACCAGCGGUCUUCUUAGCCGCACACUGUAAAAUAUCAGUGGUUUUUAAUUCAGCCUUGCGAAGAAUAAAUCGCACAGCCCUACUGGGAGUGGGGGUGGAGAGGAGUACUACCCCAGAUAGUUAACAGUUCUCUCUAGCCAGAUGCAGCCAGGUAGUUGGCCGCUGACAAGCCUCUCCUUAAAUAGCACUGAAGUCAGGGGACAGGAGAAGAUGCAGAAGUGUUGUGUGGUUAAGAAUAAAAUACCCCAGGCUAUGAUACUGUGGAGUAGCAGGUUUCAGUUGCCACAUCUGAGCAAACGGUGUGUGCAUAGCAUGCUUCCUGGAGUCAGCAGCUUUGGGUUUUUUCUGCCCACAGAAAAGCUAUCAGCGAUAGAACGUUAAUAAACACCGCAGCUUCUGUCAAGUAAGUUAAAACGCCAGCUUGGCUUGGAAAGCCUUCCGACUGGUUCUCGGAAAAGAGGGGUUGUUGAUCUGUUAGCAGAAAGCGGGGUGGGCAAGGAAGCACAUUGGAAGGGAGAGGGGGCCUGAGGGGCAAGGCACCCAGAAGCAGAGGGGCUGAAGGGAGAAUGGCAGGCUGUCUUUAAAACCGGGUGCUGAGCCUGGGAGACGGAGAGGCUCAGGAAGCAGAAAGUGGGUGAAAUGGGAUUUGGAGUGUCCUGCCCAUUUGUUCCCAUUCUCUGCUUCCGGUUCUUCAGACAGUUGCUGAUCCUGAGUCCCAGGACUGCUGAGCUUUCUGGGGAGUCUCUGGGGGAGUAAUGUGUGUGCAUAGCACCCGGAACUGUCGAGUCCUGGGUUCAAACCCUUUUGGGUGACUUCGAAAGAGGAUCAGACAAAUUCUCAUGGGACAGAUCAGGCGAUUGGUGGCUACGAUCCAUAGUGUCUGUAUUCUGCCACCACUGUUGGAGACAGAAUGCUUAUGAGUACCAGUUAAAAUCAUAGAUUGUAGAGUUGGAAGGGAUCACGAGCGCCAUCUAGUCCAACCCCCUUUCCUCCCCACCCAUGGAACGCCUCUCUGGCCUUGUUCAGAAGGCUAUCUUUGCAAGAAAGGAGCCACCUCUGAUACUCUGUGCCCCACAAUGUUCUGCAUUGGAGAGGCACGACCCUGGCUGCUUCCCAUAGAGAAUUCUGACAACUUUUACUUCGCUUAUUGUUAAACUGUGUCAGUUAAGCUGGUUGUGAGGGUUUGAUCUGCUGCAGCUUCCAAGGUGUGAGACUUGGGAAACCCAUGGCUUUCCAAAUGUUGCUGACGCGCAACUUGCAUCAUGCCCAGCAAACGUGGCCAGGGCUAAGAGGAGUUGCAAUUCAGCAAAUCUGGACGGCCAGAGGUUCCCCAUGCCUCAUACACAUACUAGUUUCAAACUUCUGUUUCUGCGUUGAAAUGAGUUGCCUGUUAUUACUUUACACGUUACACAGACACUCAAAAACCCAGGUUUGCCACCAAGUGCACGCUCCACAGCGAACAGCAACCAAUCGGCUGUAUCAGGGACUUUUAUGCUUGGACCAGUAACUUUAGGCUGAGGCUGCGGCCUAGCCAGGUGUGCUGUGGAAGAUGCUGAAGAAGAUUUUCAUCCUAGACCCCUGUGAUUUGCAGGGAUUAUGAAGGCUAUGGACUGGCCCAGGCUUUGUUCCCAAUCCUUGAGGGGAGGUUUAUGGUUUUGGCCAUUCUCCCUUCUCCCCUCCUCUCUCUCAGCCGGCAGUUCUGAGAGGGGUUGCUCUUGCCUCACAGUAAAUAACAAUAAAACUGAAUUGCAGCUCAGAUGGAUUUACAGCAAGGUCUUCUCCACUCCUUUCUAAACUUCCUGGUCUUUUGAAGAUCUCCCGCAUCUCUUUCAUCUUCCCUGAUCCUGCAUUCUGAGCUGUUAACAAUAUGUAACUGGAAAUCCCACUCCCAAGAGGACAGAGGAUUUUGCUCUCUGGUGCCCAAUGGAGCCACCUGGGCAUGGAGAGCUGGUGCUGACACCAUUCAAGCCUCGUUUGCAUUUAUUUAAUUAGCACACGGCUUUCCCUCUGGGACCCGGCUUGGUUCUUCAGGUGGGGGAACCAGAGAGACAGAGGGGAGAUGGAGGCGGCUGUCAGCGCCUGCAGAUAACUGUGGUCUGACAUGUCCUGCAGGGUUGGGGACCGCUUUUGAGACCAGGGGCCGCAUUCCUUCCUGGACAGGUUUCAGGAGGCCACAUGCCAGAAAUGUGUGGAAUCUGAGGCAUAAAUGGGUGCAGCGACAUGAAUUUUACGUAGGCUAAUUUCUGUGCACACUUCCAUGGUCCUCUCUACCCUCCUGGCCUGGGUGCAGGGUCCCCAGGGCCAAUUAAAGGCUUGGAGGGCCGCACUCAGUCUCUCAGCCUGAAGUUCCCUAGCGUUGCUUGAAUCCAUCAAUCCAUAAAACCUGGCGCCCUCUCGGAUAUCUGUUAGAUUAUACAACUCCCCUCACCCCCAGCCCAUGUUAGGAACUCAGGUAUAUAAGCUAAUCGCUAAAUGGCCUGUGUGCGCGUUUACAGAUGUUUUCCACCCUUCCCCAACCCUCGUUUGCCUUUGUUCCGCGUGAGCGUGGUACAUGACAGAGCUGUUUAAACUGGAUGUGCACUUCCAGAGAGCUUUCCUGGCCUCUGUGCCUUCCGAAAUCAUUGCCGUCUCAUUACCGCCGCGAUAAGGCUUCAGUGUUGAUGUUUCCAUAGUGUGUGGGCCUCUGUUGUGUGCAUGCCUUGAUGCCAUAUAAAUGUUAAAUAAAUCAUACCAGUGCCAAGGAAGAUAAUGCACCGAAUGUGCACGGUUUAUGUUUGUGCUUCCUGCCCAUGGCCGUCAAUGGGGCUUUUAUCGAGGUAAAAAGCAGCAGAAGUGGUUUUUCCAGGCUCCCCUUCGCCUCCACGUAAGGUUCUCUCCACUGGGUUCAUUUGUGCAAACCUUUUUAAUCACCGGGCGAACACAGUAUCAUGACAGAUGAUGUCUGAAGAUGUAUAAUUCUCCCCCCCUUUUUUUUACUGGUGUGGGCAACUAUGGGGCGAUUGGGGAAGCGGGAUUGUCAGGUAGCAAGGCAAGUGUACCUGCAGUAGCCAGAUUCCAAAACGUCUGCUCGUUGCAUUACCAUUUACUCCUGCAAGUGAAAGGAUUUGCUUCUAAAGUCCACUGAAAUGUGUUCCUUGGAGGAAUUAAUCGUUCUGUGUUUCUGUAUGAGUCUUUUUGCCUGGUUGAAAAGAAGCAGGCCUGCAGCGUGCAGAAAGACCACAAGUAGCCUUUUCCUUGAGCAGGUAAUUCUGUGUUUGCUCCAAACUCACCAGGUGCAGAAAUGGGGCAAAAUUACCUACUGGAUAGAUCAGAUACACCAAACACACCAGAAGCAGAGAUGGGCCAGAAUUACCCUCCUCCUGGUGGGUAAUUGAGAAGGAACUAAAGCUGAAGAAUUGACCCAUGCAGAGACACAUUAGGCUCCUUCUUCUUUGCGGCUGGCUGGCUGGGUGAGCGUGCUUGCGCUCACUGGAGCAUUUAUUUUUUUAGAAAAAUUGUCACCGACUGCAAGCAGUUCUCCCUUGUGGCCUGUUGGUGUGGCUUGGCUCACAGCUUGGAAAUUACUAAGCUAAGUGCUCUCAAAGUUUUAUUUAGUUGACGGGUUGACGCGCAUUGCAUGCUGUGUAUCAAACGUGACUAAUUCAUGCAAAUAUGACUUUGGAAUGCAAAAGUAAAAUACGCCUAAUGAGGCAUGUGCUUGAUAUUAGGUGUGGUGGGGGAGCAGCGCCUAAAAUAAUGCAACCUUGCAAGUAAGCAUUCAGAACUCGCUAGCGCUGGAAAUUUUGGUUUACGACCAUGCUUUCCCAAACACACCAGUUUUUCCGAAUAGGUCUGAGAUUACUGUUUGUCUUAGCAGACAGAAAUUGGUUAUAUACAAUUUGGUUAAUUUAAAAGAACUUGCUCGCUUGGGAGAUAAUUCUGGCUCACCACAGGUGAUCAGAACAAACGGCAGGUUGCAGCCCUCUGACAGUGCGCCUUAAAGGUGUAGGAGUUGUACAAUGGGCAGGAGACAAUGGCUGCUCCCCACUUGCCGGCCUGCCAUCUAAAAACCUAAGUUUAAUGAAUGCAAAACUACAGAACUCAGAAUGGAGGAUUUAAAAGUUUGAUGGUUUUUGUUUUGUCCUUAAGAACUAGAAGAGACGAGGGAGCCAGAAGGGAUUAGGAUAGAAGGAAAAUACUAAUCAAUGUUCAAGGAUGCAUGCAAAAAUUAACUGGUAAGAGCAGGACCGAGAACAUAUAUUUCAAGAUGCUAUUAAAAAUAAAAAUAAAACUGGGGGGGGGGUACAAGCAAAGAUGGCAGAGCUGCAAAAGAAUCUGUAAUCAAAACUAGCCAUUUGAGACUUCGGCUGUCAGCCUGGGAUGCUGGCCUGGGUUGGGAGGAAUGAUGUGGGACACCUGGAGCAAGGUGGAGGAAGAGUCAGAGGCAGGUGGAGCCUCACUCCCAACAUUCGCCAAGGUUCUGCGUUGCAGCCUCUGUUGCGCCCCGAGAAAGAGAUGAGAUGUGGGUGGAGAAAAAGAGCAGCAGGUAUCAAUGUUUCCAGCUAGGGAAAAAAUCCCGGGGCAAGCAAAACUUGGCACUGCAGCUGUCUGUAACCGAGAGGAGGAAUUUUGGUGAGAUUUUGCUCUGGCUGUAAUCCGCAGGUUCCCAUGUGCAGCCUUUUAAUAAUCGUAAUUAUUGGCAGCUCAGUGGCUGACUGUGUGCCAGUCUCUGUAUUUUGGACCUGAGCUCUAUGAGAGUUCUUGUGAGAGCAACAUAGGGGAGCUCUCCACAUAUAGCAGGCUGAGCUCCCUGGUGGUAUGGUAAUGGUGCCUGGCCCAGACUCUGGUGUUCUCUACUAGGCCUGGGAAAGAAGUGCUGGUGGGGGAAAGUGGGGCAGUUUAUUAAUGGGGGUAGCUGGGCCCGGCGAAGUGGCAGAGGGGGGGAGAAAGUGGGCAGCCAAGAGGGCAUGAUGGGGGCAGUGGGUAGGGCAGACUACACGAAUGGUUUAAUCACACCCAUCCAAAAAAGCCUCAAAACAUUUACUGAAAGCCAAGAGGACCAACCCAAAUCCGGCAUAAUGCAAAAUAAUCAAAAUUGGGUGAAAACUGGGGGAGUGGUGCAACUCAGAUCAAAUUAGCUGCUAAAGGCAGUGGUAAAGAGGUAGCUGUACGACACCAGUUUAACACCCACAAGUGAUGGGGCUUGGCUGAAGCCCCAUGGAUUCGAAUUGGGGUCUCUCUCUCUUCUCUCUCUCUCUCUCUCUCUCUCUCUCUCUCUCUCCCCCCACCUAACCUACCUCACAGUCUUUUCAGGAGGAUAAAAGGUGGGGGAGGAAUAGGCCAAUUGCCCCCCUCCCAGCUCCUUGGAGGAACGUUGGAGUAAAAAUGUUAUUUCAGAAAACAAAGGCCAUAUUGACUGGACGCAGGUCAAGGCGCAAAGACCCCGUAACCAAUUGUAUUCCUUGCAUGCAUGUGUGAGAGAAAGAUUGAUGGUCUUUUGGACUGCCUUAUCUACACUCAUCCAUCUGAAUCCUGCUUUGUUGACUUUUUCGGAAACUGUGCAAAACCUUUUAAGCUGACCUCUGCCAGGAUGAAGGGGUUUGAUCUCCGGUGACUCAGCUCCCUCCCUACCCACCCCCAUAUACCCCCGUUUCACGUUAUUCUCCUCAUCCUUGCUCCAGAUAAUUAUUUAUUAUGUGUGGCUUUCUCGUGUUUAUUACACACCCAUGGGUCUUUGGCAUUCAGGGCUGUGCUCUUGGAGAUCUGUGGAUCUUGUAGGAACAGCCCUACCCUAAACAAAACACCAGCAAGGGCCUCCUGGGAUUUCACAAGGUUUGGAAAUUACAUGCUCAGAAGAUGUGCUGUUGUCAGUUCUGCCUCAGCCUGGGCUGAGCCUCCUGGCGUUGAACCCUGGCUCUGGGGCUGGGCCCUGCCGAAAGCCCGUUUCUAAUUAAGCCCUUUGCAAUGUAUUUGGGUUUCUGAGGCAGCGAGGGGCAAAUAACCAUCAGCAGUGAAAACCCCGUGUGGGGCUUAAAAUGAGGGCAAAUUGGGCCUGGCUUGUCUUUUAAGUGAAUUUUAUGAGAGGGGUUCCUUUGGAUUUGGUUCUGGCAAAACGACUGUGUCAAUUGACUGCCUUCUCGACCUCAAUUCAGUUCUCCAGUUCCUCCAAACACUCAGCUCCGCUCCUCAAGUCCUUCCUAUCUCUCUCGCUCUCUCGAGGGAAAAAAAGGGGGAGGGGGAAUCCACUAUGGAACUGAAUUAGACUCUUCAACCUACGGGAUAAUGCCUCCACAAAUCAAAAGCACCUUGGAAGGGGGGGGGACACCCAGAACAGCAGCUUAGAAUGAGAGGUGCCACCUCAGCCACACAUCUCCACACCAUCUGCAAGCACUUAAGGGGAGAAGGAUUGGAGGGUUCAUAAAGCACAGCUUUUUGCCAGUCGAACCUGAUUGCUGCCUUUAACGAAAUUGCAUGGUUUCUGGACAAAGGGAUGUGAUGGCUUCAAUUUAUCUCCAGGACUCGCUCUCUCUCUCCCUUCUGUGCUGGGAGAGAAGUCCUGGAGGAUUUGGAAAAGGCACUGCUGAGGCAUACAAAACGAUGGUGCUUAGGCUGGAAAGCUGGCCAGGCCCAUAAAACGGGAUGGCAUCCCAGAUAUUAUUCUUGUCUUAUUGGUAACUGGAACCAAAAAAAUUUAAAACGGGGGUGGGUGUCUUCUUCUUCUUCUUCUUCUGAAUGGGGGUGCAGGAGAGAAGUUUGGGCUGGCUGGGGCAAAGAGCUUUGCUAAUGAUGUGGCAGAUGAAACAGCCUGAACUCUUGAGGGAUGCUCCUCCCAGCUGGAAGGAGGGGACCCCAACAUUUUGGCCGAGCUUGCACUUCAGGGAUUGCUCAGGGCUUUGGAUAACUCCUGCCUCUCCCUGCCAAGUGUUCUGUGCGGUAACGACGAGCCAUAUGUGAGUCACUUUUGUGUGCGAUUUCAGGGUGGUUGUGUGUGUGUGUGUUUUUAAAGAAGCCAAGCUCCCACCCUUGGCCCUUAGUCACAUGGGCGAGGUCUAGAUUUUGCAAGAGAGGCUUCUUCCCCAAGCCAGACCACCGUGCGCUGUGGGUCCCGUCAGGUUGCCUGAGCAAGUUGGGUUGGGUCAACACUAGGCAUGCAACGUGGGGAUCAAGGAGAGCUCAGUUCACCGCAAGAUGUGGCAAUUUCUUCUGUUUUCAGUGCUCCCUUUCUGAGAUGACACUCGAAGAAUAACCAUUUCCGUGGGCUUUCACGCGGUAGGUGCUCUGAUUCAGAGGUGUUAAAGCAGCUAUCUCUUGGCCUGCUGCGACCUCGUUAAAUAGACUGGAAUGAUCUGGACUCAAGGGCUCCUUUGGGAGCAAGGGCAAGAUAGAAAUCCAAUAAAUAAAAAACCAAACCUGUGUUGCUUUCUGAUAGUUGAGGGACCCGCUUCACACUUCCAGCCGACUUCUAGAACAUGUGCAAGAGUACGAGCUGAUUGCUGCUUUCUGCAUGGGACGGUGUUCAGCGCAAGGAAGGCUAAUAUAUUCUGCAAUGGGUUGUACAGAGGAGCUGUGGCAAUUACAUCUGCCGGUGGGUGUUCUGGACUCAAUAGAAGCCUUGUUCCUGAAGUACUUGCAGUUGUACACAGCUGUUUUUUUCAUUUCUGGUUAAUAAUAAUCAUGAUGAUAAUUAAUAAUAAAAAAUAGCAACAACAACAAGAACAACUCUGGACGGUUUCCAGCAAAAUAUAAAAACAUAGUAAAAUAUCAAGCAUUAUAAACUUCCUGAUACAGCCUUCAAAUGUCUUUUAAAAGUUGUGUAGUUCUUUAUCCCCUUGCACAUAGUAUGGUAUGUUACAGAACUCUUGCACAAUGCAAAAAGGUCAGAGAACAAAUAUUUGCCUUUAAUCAAGGGACCCGCAAUUUGCAGACAACUAGAGAUGGAGGAAGUGCUUUUUUCUCAAGGUGUUCCCUUCUCCUUCCACUUUCUUUGAAAUCUCAGCAUACUGGAUCCCAGUACAAUUACGAUGGCAGAGGAUGGGUGUCUCAAGGGCUGUAGCUCAGUGGUAGAACAGCUGCUCUGCAUUCUGAAUGCCCCAGCUUCAGUCCAAGCAGAGCUGAGAGAGACUCGUGGAGAGCUGCUGCCACUCAGUGUGGGCAAUGCUGAGCUAGGAGAGGACUGUCGAUGGGUACUAGCCAUCAGGGCUAUGAUCUGCCUCCAUAGCUGGAGACAGUAGACCUUCUGAAGACCCGUUUCUGGAAGUCACAGGAGAGGAGUGUGUUUUUCUACUCAAAUCCUGAUUGCAGGUUUUCCACGGGCAUCGAGUUGGCACCUGCGAGACCAGGAGGCCGGACAAGAUAGGUCACAGGCCUGAUCCAGCAGGAUUCUCUUGUGUUCUUAUGUCAAAGUUAGGCAACAUCUAAGGCAGCCUUCUAGGGUUGUACAUUGUCAAUCACAUCUUCAUGGAAACAUCCUGAGAAAAGCCAGACGCAGACAGGUAGCUGUCGGCCUGCAGGUACGACAUUAAGUUGCUGUAUUUUUACUUUUGAACACCUGCACCUCGGGGCAGGCCAUGCUGCCAGAUGUUGCGGGGCCUCCGUCAGCUGCGCACAGCCCAGGUCCACUCUUGCCAAUAGGCCUGCCUGGCAACGUUGCAUCACUGCGUGGGCAGGUCAUCCAGAUGGAAUUGGGCGCUACUGAGCACAAACUGGGACAGCCCUGGCUCACCCACACAUUCUGUCACAAUAAAACAAACGCAGACGAGUUAGCGGAAUCACAGGCAAGCUGGCUGGCACUGUGUUGGUGUUGGCAAGGAGGUCUCUUCCUCUGCUGUUAGAGCCCAGAGUCAUUAUAACAGCUGGCGACGGGCACUUAACAUAGAAUCAUAGAUAAUUGUAGAGUUGGAACGGACCAUGACAAGAUCUUUUGCCCACCGCGGGGCUUGAACCCACGGCCCUGAGAUCUACCAGCUGAGCUAAAGAUUCUGUAAAUCAGGAAUGGUGGAACCUGUGGCCCUCCACAUGUUACUGGACUACAUCUCCCAUCAUCCCUCACCACUGGCCACAUUGGUUGGGGCUGAUGGGGAAUUCCACUUUGUGUCGACAGGCCUCUUCCACAGUUUCAGCUUUUAAGAUAAACCAGUCAUUUUAAGGACCUGUUUUCCACCAGCAUAUGGUUAGCCACUGUGAGAACAGGAAGCUAGACUAGAUGGGCAAUUGGCCAACAGGCUCAUCUUAUGAUCAUUCCAUAGUAUUUUUAGUGGUAUUUUAUCUCUGUUGUGCACCGCGCUGGGAUUUCAUAUGAGGAACAGUCUAUAAAUAUUGUGCAAUAAAUAUAAACAUCUGCAGGGCACAGGUUCCCCACCCACCUAUCCUUGAUCCAUCUAAUUGCCCAGUUUCCCCCCAGGAUGAGAACAGCUCUCCUUGUUCCUAACUAGGCCUUCCCUAGCUCUGCUGCAGCUUCUUAAUAGUUGAUUGAUCCCAGAAACAUGGAAAUCUACAAUGGGUGGUUAGCAGAAUCAGGAAAAUCACACCUGCAUUGUUCACUUGAGAAAGUGCCCAGGAGAUGAAUAGCCAAGUACAAGGUCUCAAACACCGAUUAUAAGUAAAUUUUAAAUAAAUCACUCACAGCAGAGAUCUAGUCACCUUCAACCCGGUGAUCUAGCAGAGAUCUAGUCACUUUCACACUUUGCUGUUCAGUUCACGGGCGAAACUUUGGCGUGUGUGCUUCUCCAGCCUGAAAAGAAACCAGGCUGUGCAGCUUGGAACAUUCGUGGCGAAAGGGUGUCUGCUUCUUGGACGGGGCUCAGCCCAUAAAUAUGUAUAAGGCUGUUUUGCGGGUUUCGAGGGGAGGCCCCAAAGGUCAGUCUAUUUCGGUUCAAAGCGACGCAGGGCAGGUGUCAUACCCCAGCAGGGAAGUCUUGACUGCCAAAAAGUUUUGGAGCCCAUUCUAGCCACCAGAUGGACGGGCCAUGCUCUCCAGCCCGCCUCUCUGGGUGGAGAGCGUUGACACAACUGUUUGGGAAAAUACGUGCUGAAGCUGGAGACAUUCCUUUCCCCCAGUAGAUCCUUGGUUAGUGCUGUUUGGGAAGCCCAAGCCGCGUUCAGCUGCGUGAGACUUAUCUUGUUUUCCUGGCCUCUGCUUCAGGGGCGGGGAGGCUGCCCAAGAAAAUAAGGCUGUUUCACAUCAGCUUCCAGCUCCCUGGAAGAUAGCAAUCUUUUCUCUCUGGGUUGAGGCUUUGAUUCUACACCCGCCCCCCCUCCUCUGCAAGGCAGAGCUAGCCCCAAACACUUUGGCACUCGACCCAAAUGGUACUUCCCUGUGGAUAAAUACACUGCACAACCCACUAGUAAAUUCUCCUGUUCCUACCUCAUGGGGGAAAUAACAGAAGCUGUACGAGGGAGAAAGUGCAGCACUCGUUCGUUUCAAUGAAGUUUGCGCACCAGAACUUCCCGCUGGAGUGUGUGCCUUAGAUAGGACCUCUCUAUCUCCAACUCUGAUGCCCCUUAUCUCCACCCAACAACACCCCUCCUAAGGUGGCCAGCUCUCCGUGGAUCCUAGUAGGGUUGUCCCUGUUGCAAGGCACAUAGGAACCAAAGCCUUCAAGCAAAUCUGCAGCAAACAUUCCCUGCCUGCCUGUAUAUCUGCCGGUUCAGGGAAGUUUUUAAUGUGUGACAUUUUGAUGUAUUUUUAAGCCUUGUUGGAAGCUGCCCAGAGUGGCUGGGGAAACCCAGCCAGAUGGGCGGGGUACAAAUUAUUGUUGUCGUUGUUAUUGUUGUUAUUAUUAUUAUUAAUCUGUUUUGGGAUAAAGGGAAGGAACCCAGCUUUUAUCAAAGCACCCCUCAUUGCCUGGAGAAAGUCUUAACACAGGUGACUAGGUGGGUGUUUGCAACCCUGCACUUACAGUUACAUGCAGAACUUGCUUUUCCCAAACAGCAGUCAUGUCCAAGCUCAACUCUACUGGGGGGGGGGGGGCUUUGAUGCAUAGUAAUAUUCUCCCUCUUCAGCUGAGCAGCCAGCAGUAGGGCAGAUAGAGAUUACAUACAGUUGACUGCUCCUCUGUGCGCACAAAUCCCCCGCAUGCAGAAAACCAAUCAGUCAGGGAGAAGAGUGAGAAGGCAAAGCUGGCAGUCAUCUCCUUGACAUCUUUUUUUUUUUGGAGGGGGGAGGUGGAGCAUUCAACCAGGUGACCCUGAACCUGCUGACUAGAGCCCACACACAGAUUUACCACUCUUUGUCAAAACUAGGCCAACGAGAACCUGCACUUCCAUGAAUGUACUUGACGGCUGGACAAGGGUUAAUUUAUUGCCCCAGGAAGGCAAACGCCAUCUUUGGGCCUCUGGUAAACAAACAGAUUUAUCAACAAAAGCUCAGCAUGGACUCAUGGGAAGAGUCAACUGAGAACACUCCAUUAGCAGUUACUACCACUGUGGGUUGCAGUGCCACAUCUCAGGCAAUAUAUACACAUUGAUGCUGUGAACAAGGGAUGUGGGAACCUGUAGCUUGUCAGUAGGCCUGGCUGAUUUACCAAUAUGUCACCCUGGACUGGUUUGAGGGCUAGAGUCCUGUGGCGUCUCACGGGGCCUAGACUGAUGCAACCGGUUCCUCCCAGGUUUAUGGCAACCCACGUCAGAAGUUUUUUUUGGCAAAUCCUUGGAUGUCAAAUUUCCAUAAAAAUAGCUCAACAAUCUUGGCCCAAAAGUUGUUCAAAUAAGGCAACCCUACUAUAUCAUAGUAUAGUCGGCGGUUCAAAUCCCCGCGACGGGGUGAGCUCCCGUUGCUCUGUCCCUGCUCCUGCCAACCUAGCAGUUUGAAAGCAUGUCAAAGUGCAAGUAGAUAAAUAGGUACCACUCCGGUGGGAAGGUAAACAGUGUUUCCGUGCGCUGCUCUGGUUCGCCAGAAGCGGCUUAGUCAUGCUGGUCACAUGACCCGGAAGCUGUACGCCAAUAAAACGAGAUGAGCGCCGCAACCCCAGAGUCGGCCACGACUGGACCUAAUGGUCAGGGGUCCCUUAACCUUUACCUUACUAUAUCAUGAUGUUCAGCUGGUGAUACAUCACGAGGUUGAAAAGCUGCUAUCGUCCAGCCCUACUAGUCAGGUGAUGUUGGGACUUCAGUUCCCAUCUAGCAGCAUGGCCAACUGUAGUCCUCGGAUUCUUCAUCCUCAGCUCUAAGUUGAUCGUUGCUUCUUACCCAAGUGCCUUAAGAAGCAAGGAGGAAUGGGAGUCCCCAGCACAUUCAUUUUCUCCGUUCCGGGAUUUGUGUGUGUGUUGCAUGCGGAUGAGGAGUUCUCCAUCCUUUUAGCAUCUAUGGGCUGCCUGAAGCUGCAGGGAGACUUUCCGCCUAAGAGAGAACCAGGCCUGGGCCUCAGAAGCCAACCUCCGAGGGCCCUGCCUUGAGAUCAGGCCAGCUCAUCCCAUCGCUCUUUGAUCAAAACGAGCUGAAGGCUGAAGCAAUCCAGGGAGUGGCUUUCUCAGGGUAACUGGUUGGGCAAGGCAGCCUUAAGAGAGCUGCCUCUGUGCUGAGACAGCCCUAAGAGAAUUGCAGCAAUGAGUGAAAUAUCCUGAGCUGUGGGUUUCAUCUCCCAGCGCUUGGCUCAUGUGCUGCUUAGAUGGACCUCUUCCUUUGCAGAGGCCAGGUCCCUUCGGUUCGCGGCUGAGCGCACGUUGCUGUUUGGAUGCUUCAUGAUCCAGAUUUCUUACUCAGCAGGGGACUUGGGAGAUGGGCGGAAAGGGGUUCGUAUCAGCGAGUAACAUUUGCUAAUAAAAUGCUUAGGUCAUCCGGUGGGAUUUUUCCAGAGAAUUGCAGCAUUAGCAAAGCAUCCUAAUGGAUUGGCUCCCUCUUUCCUGGCGCGGCCGCUCCGUGCGCGGAAUAUUGUCUCCGUGUCUGCUGUAUCAGGGAUGGUGGCCCUCCCAGAUGUGCUGGCUGGAGCUGUUGGGAGCCGGCGUCCCAGGAACAUCUGCAGGACCACAGUUCCCUGUCUGUGCACUAUGUGGAUGUCUAAGGCACUGUAAUGUGCUUGGUUUGGUUUGGCUUCCUUUGGACGGCGCUCUCCGGGGAUGGUGCAGAUGCAAGGUUGGCCAUGCUUGUUAAUAUAGCUGACACUCUCUGCCGGUUACAGACUCUUAUUAUUAUUUAUUACAUUUAUACACCAGCUUUAUCUUCCCGGGAGCUCAAGGUGGUGUUUAUGGUUCUCCUCCUCCCCAUUUCAUCCUUGCAACAAACCUGUGAGGUAGGUUAGGCUAAGGGAUGGUGACUGGCCCAAGGUGAGCUUAUGCCUGAGUGGCGAACUUCAAUUACGGCUGGCCAGCCUUCCUUCAGGAGGGUUGGGGAAUCUUCCAUCCAGGUAGCAAAGGCAGCCCCUCCAGACCUCUCUUUUUUGCCCCCCACCCCUGGGACUCUUCCCUUUUGCCUCGUUAAUUUUAAUUUCUGUUAAGAGAAGUUGUUGUAUACUGCUUAAUUGUAAAUAAAAGCUCUAAGCGGUUUACAACUUGAUAGAUAGAUAGAUGAUAGAUUAGAUAGAUAGAUAACAAAAGUAGAAUUUAAAAUAAGCUUUUUAGAAAAAUCAAAAUAUAAAUAAAAUCAACUACUACUACUAAUAAUAAUAAUAAACUACCAGCCCUGCUUUGUAUCCUCCUUGAAUGUUUUUUGUCUGGCUCCUUGAACUCUGAUAAUGCCUCUUGCUUGCUUGGCUGAAGAAUACCCAGGGGAGAGAGGGAGACAUAGAAGCUAGCAUACUGCACAGAGAUGAAACUCAAAUAAUAAUAAUAAUAAUAAUAAUAAUAAUAAUUUAUUUGUACCCUGCCCAUCUGGCUGGGUUUCCCCAGCCACUCUAGGCGCCUUCCAACAAAGACCAAAAAUACACUAAAAUGUCACACAUUAAAAACUUCCCUGAACAGGGCUGCCUUCAGAUGUCUUUUGAAUGUCAGGUAGUUAUUUAUCUCUUUGACAUUUGGUGGGAGGGCGUUCCACAGGGCGGGCGCCACUACCGAGAAGGCCCUCUGCCUGGUUCCCUGUAAUUUGGCUUCUCGCAUUGAAGGAACCGCCAGAAGGCCCUUGGUGCUGGGCCUCAGCGUCCUGGCAGAAUGAUGGAGGUGGAGACACUCUUUCAGGUAUACUGGGCCGAGGCAUUUAGGGCGUUAAAAGUCAACACCAACACUUUGAAUUGUGCUCGGAAAUAUACUGGGAGCCAAUGUAGGUCUUCCAGGAUCAGUGUUAUGUGGUCUUGGCGGCUGCCCCCAGUCCCCAGUCUAGCUGCUGCAUUCUGGAUUAGUUGUAGUUUCUGGGUCACCUUCAAAGGUAGCCCCACAUAGAGCACAUUGCAGUAGUCCAAGUGGGAGAUAAUCAGAGCAUGCACCACUCUGGCGAGACAGUCCGCGAGCAGGUAGGGUCUCAUCCUGUGUACCAGGUGGAGCUGGUAGACAGCUGCCCUGGAUACAGAAUUAACCUGCGCCUCCAUGGACAGCUGUGAGUCCAAAAUGACUCCCAGGCUGCGUACCUGGUCCUUCAGGGGAACAGUUACCCCAUUCAGGACCAGGGAGUCCCCCACCCCCACCCCCCCUCCCUGUCCCCCGAGAACAGUACUUCUGUUUUGUCAGGAUUCAACCUCAAUCCAUUAGCCACCAUCCAUCCUCCAACCGCCUCGUUGCUCUGCCUGCUUUUUCCUCUUGCCCCACCCACCGUUUCCAUGUGGCCCCUGAGCUGUAUAAGAUCCCCCAUUCCUGCUCUAAGCAUGGCUUGGAAAUGAUCCCAGGGCAACUCUGGUUAUCACUAGCUGUCGUUAACUGCAUCACUGCUGUAAGGCUUACCUGGGGAGCCAAAGCGCUCCCUUGUUCCUGACCUCUUCACUGUGAGCAGGGCUGCAAGAUAAUAUCACACCUAGAAUCACAGACUUGUAGAGUUGGAAGGGACCCUGAGGGUCAUCUAGUCCAACCCCCUGCAAUACAGGAAUCUUUUGACCAACAUGGCGCUCGAACCCACAACCCUGGUAUCAAGAGUCUCGUUCUGUACCGAUUGAGCCUGAAAAACAAUUCCACCUCAGCUUGGAACGGCUGUUGUGAAUCCUUUUUACAAAAAAAAAAAGUGAUGGAACCAGCCCUAUGCCGCCAAAGCCUGUGCUUAAUUCAUCUACUUUGAAUCUUUUUUUGGGGGGGGGGAGAUAUAGAGCCUUUCCUCCCUCCCCAUCCUUGCAGCCAUGCCUGCAACAAAGGGGUUGAUUAUGAUGUGAAUGGAAGUCUGUUUGAGGGUUUGGAUCCAGCUACUCACAGCUGUGGCCUCCUGGCAUUUAUCAACCCCCCAGAAAAGAGGGUCACACAAGACGCCUUGUUCCAACCAACCGAGCAGGCAGCGGCUUUGAGGGGUUGGGGGCUAGGGGGCUGCCCGCACGGCGGGGGGGGGCUUGUGCUGGGUUUCGCCCACAGGGCUGACAGGCUGCAGUCAGAAGGGGCGCGUGGUGUCAUCUGCCGGUGAGCGAAGCAAGGAGGGAUGGCUGGUGGGGGUGUCUAGUCUCCCGGGGAAUGGGAGGCGAAGGCAGGGGGCUGCUAGUAAGCCAUUGGUCUCUCGUAAGGGAGUGGAAAUGCUAGCUUACCUUGCAGGAGUGUUGUACGGAUAACUGAGACUGCGUGUGAAAUGCCUCUCUUGCCUUGCAUAAAUGCGAAAAGUGAACUGAGUGCAUGGGAGAAGCCAUAGCUCAGCAGCUGCAAGAGCACACUUGUGAGUGACAGAAUUACAGAACUGUAGGGUUGGAUGGGACCACGAGCGUCAUCUAGUCCAACCCCCUGCCGUGCAGUGAAGCUUUUUCCUCAACGUGGGAUUCGAACCCACAACCCUGAGAUUAAAGUUCUCAUGCUCCACCAACUGAGCUAUGCAGGCGUGAUGUUCCAUUUCUCAGCAUUUCCAGUUUGCUAGGAUUUGGGGAAGCCAAGACCCCAGCUGGGGUGAGUCGUGGCCAUUUGGAGGAGGCUGCAGGUUCACUAGGUGGGUCUGGCUCAAGAUCAAGGCAGCUCCUUAUAUGAAGAGAACACAGAGGCAGUUUCUGCCAAAACUGCAAGCAGUUUAAUAAAAUGCAUGUGCAAAUUGUUUUGCUUAGAGAAGGUACUGAGGAACACACACACACACACACACACACACACACACACACACACACCAAAAGAGAGGGAGAGAUUUGUAGCAAAAAGCAACAGCUCAGCAAAACGAAUCAGGCAGGACACCUGUAGCCUUGGCUGGUGAUAGUGAAGCUGGUUUCUGUCAAAACGUAUUUAUUGAAAUUUCUAACAUGCAAAAAUGGGAAAACAUAGGUUCAUGUGUUGAGCCUGUCAUACAAAAUCUGUGGGAACGCUGCUGCUCCCAGGAAUGUAAUAUCAUUUCCUUCUCUUGGUUUUAUUGUGGAAGCGAAAGGGUCUCAUCUACCACCACCGUCCCAUGACUGAUUGCGCCCCUGCUCUGUUUACAGCAGCCAUUGGUUUCGUGGAGCAACGUCAGCUCCUCAUAGAUGACUCCUGUGGCACAUCUUCUUCUUUUGAAUUCCCAGUAAACCCAGCACUGCUUAUCAAAAUAUUCUGAAUUCCGGACCGAACCCUUGCAGGUUCAUUAGAAAAUAUGCAAACUGUACCAAAAUGUUAAGUACUUGGUGAUGAUUUGGGAACUGAGAGGGCAGAAUAUAAUUAUCCAUGGACCUUCUGGGUCCCCAGGAUGGAUCCAUUUUACCCGUGGGCAAGUGUUUAGAUGAAACCGGGCCAAAGCCAUUAAGCAGAUGAACUGAAAAUGAGGAAAGGGUGUGGUUUGUUAGUUUAUGUGCUGUCAUCAAGUUAUUUUCAUUGCCCUUUAGCUCCAGGGUGGCCAGUGUGGUGCCCUGCAGAUGUUGUUGUACUACAACUCCCAUAAUCCCUGGCUGGAGCCAAUGGGAGUUGGAUUCAUACAACAUCUGGAGAACAUUGUGUUGGGUAUGAAGGCUCUGGCAAGGAUUUACUUGGUUCGCCAAGUCUUAUGGGGAAAAGUGACAAGUGGGGUGCUGUGGGGUUCUGUCCUGGGCCCAUUGUUGUUCAAUGUCUUUAUAAAUGACUUGGGAGGAGGAAUUGAGGGGGUGUCCAUCCAAUUUUCAGGUGACACCAAACUGGAAGGGGUGGCUAAUGCUGCAGAAGGCGGAAUCUGGAUGCAGAAUGACUUCAACAGAUUUGAAAACUGGGCCCAAAUUAACAAAAUGAAUUUCAGUAGGGAAAAACUACACAGAUAUAAGAUGGGGGACACCUGGCUUACCAGUAGCACAUGUGAAAAAGAUCUAGGGGUCCUAGUGGACCAAAAGCUGAACAUGAGUCGACAAUCUGACGCAGCAGCAGCAAAGAAAGCCAAUGCUAUUCUUGGCUGCAUCAACAGAAGUCUAGUGUCCAGAUCAAGGGAAGUACCACUCUAUUCUGCCUUGGUCAGACCACAUCUGGAAUACUGUGUCCAGUUCUGGGCAGCAUGAGUUAAAGAAGGAUGUUGACAAGCUGGAAGGUGUGCAGCGGAAGGCAACCAAGAUGAUCAAGGGUCUGGAAACCAAGCCUUAUGAUGAAUGGUUGAAGGAGCUGGGUAUGUUUAGCCUGGAAAAGAGGAGACCGAGAGGAGGUAUGAUACGAUCUUCAGAUAUCUCAAGAGCUGUCACAUGGAAGAUGGAACAAGCUUGGGGGUUUCUUCCUGAUCCAGAGGGUAGGACCCAAACCAAUUGCUUCAAGUUACAAUAAAGGAGAUUCUGACUAAGCAUCAGGAAGAGCUGUGGAGUCUCCUUCACUGGAGUUUUUUUAAGCAGAGGUUAGAUGGCCAUCUGUCAUAGAUGCCUUAGUUGAUAUUCCUGCAUUGCAAGGGAUUGGGCUAGAUGACCCUCCCAACUUCUAUUAUUCUAUUAUAUAUUGUCCUCAGGAACACAUUGGCAGCACUCUUAAGCCCAAUUCAGUUAGUCUUUUAAUGCUGAAUCACCCUGGCAUUAAAAACAUAAGCAUUGCCUUCCUGUUUCAUGUCAAAGACCCGUUGUCUCCCAGUGCACAAAGUCUCCAGUAGUGGCCAGUUGGGACCUGGUGGAGAGAGAGCGCCUUCCCCAUCCUCUGGCUUCUGGUCUGGUGAUCAAAAGGCCUUUGAGCAUCGAAGUUCCAUUCCCAGCUAGAAAGUCCUUCUUCACUCAGCACAUAGUUUAAACCAUGGAUCUCGCUCCUACAGUAAAGUUACCAGAUUUUUUUCAAUGAAUCUGGGGACACUUUUCAACUUCCUACUAAAUAGAUGGAUUUUGUCAAGGAAUUGAUUUGUAAAUCCAGGGACUGUCCCCAGGAAACGGGGAUGUCUGGUAACCUUAUCCUACAGGAGGCAGGGAUUGUCAUCCUCUUGGAUGACUUCAAAAGAAGAUAACACGAAGGGCAAGGCUAUGGAUGGUUACAAGCCAUGAUUACUAUGUCCUGCCUCCAUGGUUGGAAACAGCAACAGAAUACCAGUUGGUGGAAACCACAGACGGGAGAGCUCUCUUGUGCUUCGAGCCUGCCUACAGGUUUCCCACAAGCCUCUGGUUGGCCACUCCAGUUGGCCAUUGGCUCGCAGCUGGCUCUUCCAUUGUUGUGACUCAUAACGGCCCUCCAUCAAUUUGCCUAAUCCUUUAAAUUAAAAAAAAAAAAAGCUGGCUGAGCCACCAGGGCCUUGACUGCAUCUUGUGGCAAUGGAUUCCAGAAGUUAAUUAUUGCUGACAGCCUGAGCUGUAAAUAGUCUGGAAUGCCAGCAAGGUGGGAAGAAGGAAACGCGAAUGGCUGGGAACAGAGCCUGAGGGAAGUCAGGCAGACGGUCAGAGGAGACAAGGUCAGCGUUGGUUGUUGCCCAAGCAGAUCCCAGACCUGAUCCAGAAGGUCUGGGCCAGUCCUUUUUCAAGGUCAAGAGAAACCAAUGGGCUUCCAGGAAGGGGUGUUUGGAAGUCCCCGGAUGCCGUGAGGCCAUCAUAUAUUCUGGGGACCCUCUCAGCCCACGGCUUCUCGGGGCAGUGGAGCCCAGAUCUGGAAGGAAGGCACCUUGACAGCCACGCCACUGUGACACAGAAUUCCCUGUUUCCUCCGGAUUGAAAGUUGUCCCACAUUUACUGUGCCAAAGUGGGCUAACCCACUUUGGGAGAUGUUGUAGCUGCAAUGGGGUAAUAACCAUGCGGCGAAAAGCCACGAUUUGCACAUCCAGGGUGAGUCAAUGCCAUGAAUCCUUUUCCUCACAUUCAGCAGACAUCACGUGCCCAGGAAGCAAGAAGAAAUAAACAAACACAAGUUGACACAUUAAGACGUUUCCGGGAUUUGGGCACAGCCCAGGGUAAAUAAGGUGCAACUCUAGAAAGGGAUACCUCUCUAGCACAGACUAGCCAAGAUGGUGGUUGUUGUCGUUGUUUGUAGAUCUCAUAUCUACAGAAUCAUGAAAUUACAGAAUUGUAAAGUUUUAGGGACCCUGAGGAACAUCUAGUCCAACCCCCCACGAUGCAGGAAUAUGCAGGUGUCCCAUUCGGGGAUUGAACCUGCAACCUUGGCAUUAUCAGUGCCACGCUCUAACCAGCUGAGCUAUCCAGGCAUGAAAAGGCAAGAUACAUGAUAGCAGCACAGGCCACUACAGGAUGGUGAGAUGCUGCAGGCAUAAAUUUCUGAAGCGAGGAGGUUGCACAUAGAGCCUGGGGUCUUACAAUGUUAUUCAUGAAACAGGAUUCAUGCACCUCGAAGCUAGAGCAGGGCUGAGGUCUAGGGGAGCCUGGGAAGAGAUGAUGGAUUGCGCGUCUAAUCACUUUCCUUCCUUCCUCACCAAACAACUGGAAAGGGAACAUGGAAAAGUCAAAAGGCUCUGUUAAAUGUUUGCCAGAAAUCUGGCAGGGUAGGGGGAUAUGGAAAUUAUUCAUCUGAUUUGUGCUUGGCAAGAGGGCAAGGACGGCGUUUGCUGCCUCUGGAUUCCACCCACUCCGGUUUCGGUGCAGUCCUGGCAGUUUCCUGUCGCACUCCAAAUUCCUGUGGCACUUCUCUGUGGUUAGGCAGGAUGAAGAGGGCUUUGCCUCGGCAGUCAUUGCCGGGGUCGGCGCACUAGGGCUGGGCCCCUGAGCCUGACCACGCGUGGGGAGGAUUCCUCCGCCCCUCCUGUUUAUUGCUGUGUACUCAUGUCCCGCCCUGGGUGGGUUGGAUUUUUUGCUUUGGCCACAGGAUGGGAGUCUGGGAAGCCUGCACUUAAAAGCACGACAGGUUUUGAAAUCGGAACUUGCAGCGCAGGAACUGCUGCAUCUUUGCAGAAGCUUAAACGUUUAGGAAAACAAGGGGAAAGCAUCUCGUCCUCAGGGCGGCAGAGAGGGAGCGCCUACAAAUAGACUCAAGGGGAGAAUGAGCCCAUCUUGGGGAGAGGGAAGGCUUAGUCCUUGCAGCUCUUAUCUUCCCACCCUGCACAGCCAUCUCUUUCCGUCAACAAUAACUUUCCUUUCCCUGUCCCCAGUAUUUAAUAAAGUACCCAUGUAUUUCCCAUUUUGAUGUGAACCAAACUAGGAGCUGGUGCCCGUUAGGGAAGGCAUAUUUUUGUUACGUAUUUUGUGUUUUUUUAUAUUGAAAUUUUAUGUUGUGAGCUGCCCUGAGAUCUAUGGGUAAAGGGCGGUAUACUACUAAUACUAAUGCUAAUACUAAUACUAAUAUUAAAAAGGCAGUACUGAGUGUGUUGGACUGGUGGUCUGGUUCAGUUCAAGGCAGACUCCUGUGUCCACCAGCCUUCGCUACCAAAGGUAAAACAAGGCAGUGAAUUCACUCCCAUGCACUCAGGAACAUUUCCAAAUGGGCUGUUUUUAUCUCAGAUCUAGCCAGGUGUGCUAGUUCACUCCAUCAAUGGAAUUGUUUUAGAUGUGGCGUCAAAUAAAGACUCCAGCCCUCUCCUCUCCCCUUGGAUGUGCAGUCCAGGAUUCUGGCAACUCGUUUUCUGAUCAGCUCUGUGCAUUUCAAAUCUGGGGGUCUCUCUCUCUCUCUCUCUGUGUGUGUGUACAUAUAUCACGGGGAUCCUCUUUCUGCAAUGACCAUUUGUUCUCCAGUCUCAGUCCUGUUGAUUCGUUGGGACCAAUUUUUUAACCUGCAUUCAGCGUUUUUUGUUGAGAACAGAGGAGCCAUGUGGAUAGCUUGGUUGGGUAGAGCGCAAUGCUGAUAACACCAAGGUCGCAGGUUCGAUUCCUGCAUGGGGCAGCUGCGUAUUCCUGCAUUGCAGGGGGUUGGACUAGAUAGUGCCCAGGGUCCCUCCCAACUCUACAGUUCUAUGAUAUAAUAAUAAUGAUAAUUUAUUUGUACCCCGCCCAUCUGAGUGGGUUUCCCCAAUCAAGUUGAUUGAGGGGUCCCGGUGUGACUUCCUGAUGUCACCUGUGACGUGAGAAGCCAGGGGACAGAACUGAACACCGUCUGAACAUUGAGGGGGCCUGGCUCCCUAAAAAUAUGUAUAUAUAUUUUUAAAAAUGGGGGGGCCUGAAACUGCUUCAGUUGCUAGAAGCUGGUGUGUAUGGUUGGGAAUCAAUCAAAGCUGGCAGCCAUGAAGUUAUUAGAUCAAAAGGUUCGUGUUUUCGGCCUGUCCCUCUCCUUUUUUUCCUGUUCUCUCCCACUCGUGCAUAUUUUUCUUUCUUCCCUGUAUUUAUUUGAAGUAGUAAUAAUAACCAUAAUCAAUAAUAAAUACCAAAUCCAGGAGCAGGAGAGAGGAAAGAAUGGAGCUGUGUGGAAAACGGCUCAGUCAGCCCUCCAGGCGAACGCGGCCUGGGACGUGGUCGGUUGUUCCAGGCCCCCGGGGAUUGGAGGGUGGAAAGGAAAAAAUGUCUUGGCUCUCGCAGCCCGACUGCUCAGCAACUGUCAGUCUGGUCCAUGGAGGCAGCUCCGAGGUCAGCAGGAAUCCCAGAGCGAGAUGCUUCUCGCUCUUCUCCCGGGAUUCCUGCGGUAGUUUGAGAAGACGUGGGGGGGGGGGGGACUCAGUAGGCAGGAGCCUCCUGGCAGCACCGCCUCUGGGGCUCUGGGAAGAAAAGAUGGGGGGGGGGAAAUGUUCCCACACGGCCUGGGGGGAGUUCCAAAGCCCUCAGGGCGCAGAUUCCACCAUAAGCCGCCCACCAAGUCGAAGCUGACCAUGGCUGGACGGAGGGGUGUAAAUUUAUGGGCUUUUAAAUUAUUAUUUUGUGACAUUUUAAUGUUUUUAUUGUACACUGUCAUGGAUUUCUCCCUCCAAGUUGGUGGUUUAUAAAAAAAAAAUGCAAUACAGUGGUACCUCAGGUUACAUACGCUUCAGGUUACAGACUCUGCUAAUCCAGAAAUAAUGCUUCAGGUUAAGAACUUUGCUUCAGGAUGAGAACAGAAAUCAUGCUGCGGCAGCGCAGCGGCAGCGGGAGGCCCCAUUAGCUAAAUUGGUGCUUCAAGUUAAGAACCGUUUCAGGUUAAGAACAGACCUCCGGAACGAAUUAAGUACUUAACCUGAGGUACCACUGUACUGUUCAAAUCAUUGUGGAAGAGAAAGAGCUUGGUUAGGUUGGCCUGCUGACGAUUUAAAUUUGGAAAGUGCUUUGCAAUUUCCCCCCGUUUUGGGUUCACACAUGCCUGUGAGGUAGGCUGUAUCCUAGCUCCCAUUUAAGGGGCAGGAGACUUGGAUGUGAGAGAAAGAGAGAGAGAAGCAAACUUUGCCCAGGGCCACAGCCCUCCCUCAUUGAACCUCUCUCGGAUCUGGCAUCUUCAUCCACAUCCACGUCAAUGCCGUCCUCCUGCAUUCAUGGACAUUGGAAGUGAUUGGAAAUAAAAGGAAGAAGGAAGGGGACUCUGGGAGAUCUGUGGGUGAGAGGAAUGGAGCAGCCUUGAAUGUCAGGCUGGAGAGCCUAAAUCAGGGAUGGGGAAACUGUGGCUCUCUAGAUGUUGUUGGACCGCAGCUCCCAAUAACGUUCACCAUUGGUCCUCCUAGCUGGGGUGAUGCUGUGGACAGAAAGUACAACCCUCACUCUGAUUUGGCUUUAUUAUGACGCCACGUAGCUAAGCUAGUUCAGAACGAGGGCAAGGUCUUCAUGUUCACCACCAAGGCCCUUUUCCAGCCACCAUUAGGAACCUGACUUCAGGUGCUGCAGGCAACCCAGAAUUUGCGCCACCAGUGUUUGCUCUGUGAUGGUUCAUUUAUCUAGAUAAAGAUCAGGGUGUGCUUGUCUGUGUCUCACAACACCAUAUUCUUCUGCAUAUAAAUUGCUUUAACUGAUCCCAGCCUUGUGUUUUCAUGUUGUUGCAGCCUGUCCUGGGAUGACAAUAAUAAGGAUUAAUAAUAUGCAAGCCAUCGCUCCAUGCUGUGGCCAACAUGCCACAGUGAUUGUUAAUUUUAGGAUUUGCUUGUUAUUGCCCGGCCUGGCGAGGGCAUUCGUUUGGGUGAGGUGUUGCAACAAAAAAGUAGGCUGAAAUAUGAAGCAAUUUGGUUUUUUGCAUAUGUGUACCAGCUCUGCGUUUGCGUGUAAUGGGGCUAAAUUGAAUCUCUUGUUGUGUGCCAGUAACUGAGACCUCCUCUCUCUCCUCCCCCCCCCUUUCUAGCCUGUGGACCGGGCACCUUCAAGUCAAAGCAGGGGGAAAGUCGGUGCACCCCUUGCCCUCCCAACAGUCGGACAAGCUCCGGGGCAGCUACUCUCUGCAUGUGCCAGAACAACUAUUUCCGGUCAGACACCGAUCCACCCGACAGUGCCUGCACCAGUAAGUCUGCCCUUCUGCCUCUUGGUGUUUCGGUUUCACUUCAAAAUGUGUUUAUUUUGGGCUUAUUAUUCCACUCUAGCUUGAGGGUACCAAGGCCAGUGAUAUGAUCCUCUAAGGUAGCACAUGAAUGCAUUUAUACUUCCGCCCAUUGCUUUGUUGACGAAACUAACAAUUUACAAAAGAUUUGCAAAGCUGCUUCGGGAAUUGGGAAGAUGGGAGAAGAGGUAUGCUGGUGACGCCAGACAGAAGUGGCUUUUGGGGUGGGGUGGAGCCUCUACGCUAGCUUUGGGAUGCUGUUGUUUACUGGAAGGAAAGGUAGCCGGGAGGCUGGCAUGGUGUAAACGCACCGGCAGAACCAAUCCUGUGCUUCUGCCAGUGUUUAUGCCCCACACCAAUUUCCUUCCCCAUCUCCCUCCCAGUAAGCAAUAGCAACCUUCCUGCCAGGAACCUCCGCUCUACCCAGCCAGCGGUUUCUGAUGUCACAGGUGCUAGCCAAUCGGUGCCCUCUGCAGCCAGCUUUUCCCUGGUGCGGACUAAACCAUGCUGCAGACUUGCAGAACCAGUCUUCUUUUUUCAGAGCUUGGUUCGGGAGAGAAAAGGGUACAUUUGCAUUGUACCCACUCAAACCGCCACGCCUAAAAGCGUUACCUCUGCUUCCUCCAAUACAAGGUGGUUGUAAAGAUGACUAGAGAAACUUGUAUGCAAAACUCGUCAAAGACUCACAUGCCUUUGUGUAAAUGCUGAGCAUCGUUUUGUUUUAUUUUUGGAGAGGGGGUGGCAAAAGGCUCUGGGGUGGGGAAAGCCCAGCUUUGAGGGUAAGGUUUUGGGGGUUCUUUCGGGGCCUUGAGCCUCUUUUGAUCCCGUGGCAGGUGUCCCAUCGGCCCCGCGCAACGUCAUAUCCAAUGUGAACGAGACAUCCCUGGUGCUGGAGUGGAGCGAGCCCCGCGACUCUGGGGGCCGGGACGACCUGCUCUACAACGUCAUCUGCAAGAAGUGCAGCGUGGAGCGCCGGCUGUGCAUGCGCUGCGACGACAACGUGGAGUUUGUCCCCCGCCAACUCGGCCUGACCGAGAGGCACAUUUACAUCAGCAACCUCAUGGCUCACACGCAGUACACCUUCGAGAUCCAGGCCGUCAACGGGGUCUCCAGCAAGAGCCUCCAGAACCCCCAGUUUGCCUCUGUCAACAUCACCACCAACCAGGCAGGUGAGUGCUUCAUGGGAAAGGAGGGCAGCUCAGUAAGCCACCCCUCCAGCAAGCAGCUGCCGAGCCAGCGGUGAAGCAGGAACCUCUGGGGUUGAGGCCCUUUCAUGCCAAACAGGCCUUGAACGGGAAUUCCUGUAAGUGUGUUGGGCGUCUGAUUGUGCAUCUAGCCAAGGAUUUAAGGUUGCUGUUCUAGAGAACGUAAAUGGUGUUGGUGGUUCUUGCUUAAAGAAUCAGGAGGGAGCCUUAUGGUAACUACGUCCUUUAUUUCUAAAAUCUUGCCCGAGGUUUGUUUGUUUUUAAUGAGUUUGUACGCAUUUCCCCUCCUUCGGUGAAAUGAGCCAGUGUGAUGGCCUUCCAGACUUCCCAGACCUUUGAUCCACCUUUCUAGAGCUGAAGGAGGAAGUUUGGAAGAGGGAUGCUCUUUCCGACUUCUUCUUCCAUCUCUAUGCCCUUUUCCAGGCUCAGAUCGAUUCUCCUGCAGCUGGCUUUUACCCAGAUCUCAUGGGAGAGCAAAGCAUGUGCACACACUCUUUCUCUCCUGUCUCUUGGGACGGGGGGAGAGUGAUACGAGGAAGGGAAGUGACUAGAUGAGUGGCUCCAACACUCAUUCAGAAAUACAAAUGUGGGUCCACUGACCUCCAAAGAUUGGGGGCUCCUGUUGUGGAGUCAGGAUGGCCAGGGCCAGCUUGCCCAUGAGACAAGGUGAAGCAAGUGCCACAGGCAGCAAGAUCCCCGGGGAUGGCAUCCAAGAACACAUUGCUCACUGCUUCUGCCAGACCUGCUGUCUCCUCAGCAACCCUCUCCCCAAAUGCUGCCUCCACAGCGGCCUCUCGGUCAAUAGGAGGCACUGCUGAUCUCCUCCCACCCUCUGUUACUACUGUUCACCACCACCACCACCCUCUCAUGGCGUAGAUAUUCACUCCCAUCUUCUUCCCUGGCAAGGGGGUGCCAUUUUGUGGUUUGCUUCAGGUGUCAAAAUGUCUUGAGCUGGCCCUGAUACUGGAGAUCAUUCCAUGUUGCCCCAAAGACAGCUGUUCCCAUGUGACCAGUAGGAAAUUGCUGGUGGAGUUUGGUGAAGGGCUACCGACCUUUCCAGAAGGCUGCUACUGUUGGGAUAUGCAAUAGAGGAAGCGAAAAGGGUUUCCGUUCUGGAUGAUGGACUGGAUCUUCCAGCUCAGGCCCUGCAUUCCAGUGGCUUAGCAGACACAUUGGCGCCUAUCAUGCUUUUCACAGUGACCUGUUUGACACAGCGAAUGGAACGCCAGUUGGCUCUCCAGUGGAUUUGAGCCAUUUUUAGUGGUCUUGCGAAUGUUUCGUUGUGCCUCCAGCUUUAUUUGAGUCCUGGAAAUCUUAGAAAAUGGCAGUAGAAAUCUGGCUAAGUAACACAUUUGGAAAAUCUAACAUUCAUGCUGGAGAAAACUAUUCACAUAAGAAAUACUGGUGAUUCUCAGACUUGCAAAACACCGACAUGUAACCCCACAAAACAAGCAAAACACAGGUGAAAUAGACAAGCAACAUUCACCCCCAAAACAGGCAGCGCAAACACACAUAACCUAACAAGAAAAUUACAGGUGAACCCCUGGCUUACAAAAAAACCCAACUGCCCAAAAUACAGGGAAAGCACCCCAAAAGCACCAGGGUGGCCCCCAUCUUCAGAAACAAUAAUGCAUCCAAGGAAAUGGCUAUUCCUCAAACUUACAAAGCACCUGCAGGUUUGCCUUUCCCCCCCUCUUACUUGAAUGUUUUGGAUGGGAGCUGGAAGGCCAGGCUGCUUUCCUUCCUUUGAGCACCCAAAUCAGGCCCAGAAGAUCCUAGAGCAGCCUUUCUCAACCUGUGGGUGCCCAGAUGUUGUUGGACUACAACUCCCAUCACCCCUAGCUAGCAAGGCCAGAGCUCAGGGAUGAUGGGAGUUGUAAUCCAACAACAUCUGGGGACCCACAGGUUGAGAACCGCUGUCCUAGAGAAAGGAAAGGAAGCUGGAAGCCUGCAAUUCUCUUUCCUGCCAGCCCAGCUGCUGCUGGCUUCUCGAAGAGAGAGAGAGAGACAAUAACAAUCUUUGUGAAAAGCGUUUUGAAAAUCAGGAGUGAUGGGGAGCCCUGAUGGUGAAAUAUGGGGUAGGGGCAGAGGCACCAAGGUGUCUUUGCGUGUUGCAUUGAGGACCUCAGCGACUCACAUGUUCAUCCCUCGAGUUGUCUGUCAAGGGAGCCGAAUCAGUGUUAUUUCUGCUGAUAAGGAGGGAGGCUGACACGUCUUCUCACCCCCCACCCUCCACAGCUCCUUCAGCAGUUCCCACAAUGCAUCUGCAUGGCAGCACGGGAAGCAGCAUGACUCUUUCCUGGGAGCCUCCGAAACAGCCCAAUGGGAUCAUCCUGGACUACGAGAUAAAGUACUUUGAGAAGGUAAAGCUAAUCCUCUGGCAGGGACGUGGCGGGCACGCUUCAGCUUGACAAACACUCUGUGCGCUUCUUUUCCCGCUGAGAGGGGAAUUAGGUAGUGUGCUGAAUUCUACUGCAGUAGCCAAGCAGGUGAGCCAGCCAAACAGGAAGACCUCCGUUCAAAUCUUGCCAUUUGUGAUGCUGCCCUCUCUGCAAGGUGGGGGGCGGGCCGUGAUGCUGGCAUACUUUACAGGGGUGGUUGUGGUGAUUGCUGCAGAGAUGGGGGAAUCUUUCAGGCGUUGUGGGACUCUCAACUCCCACCAGCCCCAGCCCCUAUGGACGGUGGGAGUUGGGGAACAUCAUCAUCUGGAGGGUGCUAGAUUAUAUUCCAUAUCUAACGAAACACUUUAGCAACGAGAGGUGCAGUACAGAGCAACGGUUAAUAACAGCAGCAACAAAUAAUGACGGUUAGCAGUGAUAAGGAGGAAAGAAUGCAGGUUAUUUAACGGGGGGAAGUAUCUUAUCAAUGCACGGCCUUCCCAGGGUGCCUUUCUUUACUCUAGAGAAAACCACUGGAAAGUUGUGCAAAGGAGAAUUCUGGGGUGACCUUGAAUGCCUUUGCUCUGCGUGUCCCUUUCUUUAAAAGGUAAAGGGACCCCUGACCAUUAGGUCCAGUCGUGACCGACUCUGGGGUUGCAGCACUCAUCUCGCUUUACUGGCUGAGGUACAGCUUCUGGGUCAUGUGGCCAGCAUGACUAAGCCGCUUCUGGUGAACCAGAGCAGUGCAUGGAAACACUGUUUACCUUCCCGCCAGAGCGGUACCUAUUUAUCUACUUGCACUUUGAAGUGCUUUUGAACUGCUAGGUUGGCAGGAGCAGGGACCGAGCAACGGGAGCUCACCCCGUCACGGGGAUUCGAACCGCUGACCUUCUGAUCGGCAAGUCCUAGGCUCUGUGGUUUAACCCACAGCGCCACCUGCGUCCCUGUCCCUUCUUGUAGAGACACCUAAAGCAGGUGUGGGGAACCUUUGGCCCUCUAGGUGUUAGGAACAUAAGAAGAACUUGUUGGAUCAGGCCAAUGACCCAUUUAGUCCAGCAUCCUGUUCUCACAGUGGCCAACCAGAUGCCUGUGGGAAACCAGCAAGCAGGAUUUGAGCACAAGAGCAACUCUACCUUCCUGCGGUUUCCAACAACUGGUCUUCAUAAGCAUUACUGCCUCCAACUGUGGAAGCGGAAGACAGCCAUCAGGGCUAGUGGCCUUUGACUGCUGUUCCUCCAUGAAUUAGUCUACUUCUCUUUUAAAACCAUCCAAGUCGGGGAAGGGCUGGAUGUGACCCUGAGGCAUCCCCUUUCUCUUUCCCUGCAGCAGGAGCAGAGCGACGGCAUCGCCAACACCGUCACCAGCCAGAAGAACAACGUGCGCUUGGAAGGGCUGAAGUCCAACUCUGCCUACAUGGUGCAGGUCCGGGCUCGCACGGUGGCUGGCUAUGGGAUGUACAGCCUCCCCAUGGAGUUUCGGACACCAGUGGAGGAUGGUAUGAGCUCUGCACCUUCCCCUCCCUUCCCCACAGGCUUCUGCCGUCCAAACAUCUCCCUUCCUUCUCCACUCCCACCUUCCAACACUCUUCCUCCCUCUUCUUCCUCUCCUAACAGGCUCCAGUAGCAAGAGCUUCCAGGAACUGCCUCUUAUCGUGGGCUCGGCUACCGCAGGCCUCGUCUUCGUGAUCGCGGUCGUGGUGAUAGCCAUUGUCUGCUUCAGGUACUGGCGGGGACGAGGGAGAGCCUGAGCUCCAGGGAGGGGCGUGACUAUUCAUUCUGUCAAGGAUUGGAUCUGCCUAUAUUAGCGAUAGACAAUUUGUGGUGUUGUCCAGAUGUUUCGGACUAUGGCUCCCAUCCCUCCAGAUGUUGCUAGACUCUCAACUCCCAGCAUGGCCAGUAGUCAGGGGUGGUAAUCCACAGGGUCCGGAGGGCACCAUGUUGGCUAUCCCCGGCUUGCAUGAGCAAGCAAAAGUCUUGCGGCACCUCCAAGACUGAUUGAUUAUGACUUAAGUCAGGGACAGGGAGACUUCGCCUUUCUAGAAGUUGUUGGACUCCCAAUUCUCAUCAUCCCUGAGCCAGUGCUGGAAAUUAGCCAGUCUCAAGGCGCAUUUUGCAACUGGUGUGAGUCCCAUUGCAACCGCAUGGAGAUCUCUGAAUACCAGGUUGGCAACUGGGGAAAGCAAAACGUCACUUAGAGAAGGAUUUGAAGUAUUUUUCUCAAAGCUUGCAUUUGCUUUAUUCUGGAUUGUUUUAUUUGAUGCUUUGAUGUAUUGUAAACCGCUUUGAGAUUUGUUCUUUAAAAUAUAAAGUGGUAUAGAAAUGAAACCAACAACAAGAAAGAUCUCAUCGGGGGUGGGGGGAGGUGCCUAGACAUUCCAUUGUGGCGACCUCAACUGUGGCUUAAGGUGCCAUUUUGGUGAUCAGCUUAUAUAUUAUAUACAGUGGAACCUCUACUUACGGACAUCAUCCAUUCCAAGGUCCAUCCACUGGUCGAAACGGGACGCUAGAAGAGGCGUCUUGUGCACGUGCACGUUUGGUGGUAGUGCGUUUCUGCGCAUGCGCAGACGGCGGCAGCCACUUCUGCACACGCGCAGAUGGCAGAAGCCGCAUGCGCGAAUCAUGGCAAACCCAGUGUUUACUUCCGGGUUUGCUGCAAAUGCAACUUGGAACGUCCACGAGACGAGGCGUAUGUACGUCGAGGUUCCACUGUAUAUGAGUUUCUAACUCAUGCUGGUUAGGGUCAAUAGUCGUUGCAGUUUGACCGCUUCUAGAAGGACCGCAGGUUCCCCCAUCUCACCAACUUUCGUGGACUUGAUUCCACUUCAUCAGAUGCAUGGUGUGCAAUUCUCAGUUGUCCAUGUCUGUAUAGAUAUCUGUAUAUCCAUGGAGGCGAAAGGAAUUAUAAGCCACGAGGUCAGAGGGAAACAGAAUGCAGAAAGUGCAGACUGUGGCCCUUCAGUUAGAGGUGCAAUGAAUGCAACUUAAGCACAGAAGCCCUUUAUAGCACCCUGCCUUCAUGGUAUCCCCAGGGCUAAUUGAAUACUCUCCAGCUAUUAGUUGUGCAUGGAUGAUAAUAACUGCAUAGAUAACAGACCAAGAGGAUGGGUGGAGUAUAUUUCGGCUCUCUGUGUGCAAUGGUGUUCAGUGUUCCAGUGCUCAGGUUUUGGUGGAAAGAUGACCAGGAGGCGCGUAACGUUGCAGGCUCUUUGAUGCCUUCUUUUCUCUUUGGGCAGGAAGCAACAAAACAACACAGACUCAGAGUAUACAGAGAAGCUGCAGCAAUACAGUGAGUAUCAAGCCAGGGGUGGCAUGAGCACCUGAGUCACACAGGCAUGUGAACGUUGUUUUUGUGGGUUCUGCUUUCUCAAGCCUGCAUUUAUUUCCCAGAGAUGCCUGCAUGCCUGUGUGUGCUCAGCAGCCCCAAAGGAGGCAGUCACCCUUGUUGUAGCUGCUGCAAAAGGCUGCAUGUAAACCUCUUCGUCCUCUUUCUCCCAUGGAAAGGUGGUACAUAGCGGUGAGGAUCAUGUAUCCUCACAACUGUGCUUCCCUAUGGCAAUUCCUGGCAGCAUUCUUCCAACCCCAAGAACCUUUGCAUUCCGUUUUGACAAAAGAGAUUACAAGUUUCUAGCCCUCAUUGUAAUAAGGAAAAACUGUCCAUAGUAUUCAGAGCUGGAUUUUCCUUUACGGGUGUCAGUGAAUUGAAGGCAUGUAAAAACCGCCUUUUUAGUUUAAAAAGAAAAAUAAUUGCAUCAUUUGCCACCAGACCUACGUUGGGUAAAAAGAAUCCCGCAUUGCAGGGGGUUGGACUAGAUGACCCUCGCGGUCCCGUCCAACUCCACAAUUCUAGAAUUAUAUUAUUCUAAUCUCGGGGAUAAUCAAGAAGAACCUAGGCGAGUCAAACUUAAAUGAGCCCCAGAUAUGUCUGUCUAUUGUGAUAAAAGCAUGUGUCCUUAUCCAUCGCCUCUCUGCCCUUACAGUCACUCCAGGGAUGAAGGUUUAUAUCGACCCUUUCACUUACGAGGACCCCAAUGAAGCCGUCCGGGAGUUUGCCAAGGAAAUCGACAUUUCGUGCGUGAAAAUCGAGGAGGUGAUUGGAGCAGGCAAGUCACCUGAUGGCAGCCCAGCUCCUGCCUUCCACCGAGGGAAGAGGAGGGGGCGGGGUUUGGCUGUGCUCUCAGUGGGUGUGGCCACUCCUGUCAUGUGACCGUCUUGCCCUCCCACAGGUGAAUUCGGAGAAGUCUGCCGGGGUCGCCUCAAGCUUCCAGGCAGGAGGGAGAUCUUUGUGGCCAUCAAAACACUGAAAGUGGGCUACACGGACCGGCAGAGGCGAGACUUCCUGAGCGAAGCCAGCAUCAUGGGGCAGUUUGACCACCCCAAUAUCAUUCACCUGGAGGGGGUGGUCACCAAGAGCCGACCCGUCAUGAUCGUCACGGAGUUCAUGGAGAACUGCGCCUCGACUCCUUCCUGCGGGUGAGCAGGACUCCCUGGUCUUGCGAAGAGCUUCCUGGGCUCUUUUCAAGCAGAUAACAACAACAACAACAAUUUAUUUAUACCCCUUCUCCAGCCACUCUGGGCGGCUUUCAACAAAAUAUUAAAAUACAGUAAUGCAUCAAACAUUAAAAGCUUCCCUAAACAGGGCUGCCUUCAGAUGUCUUCUUAAAGUUUGGUAGUUGUUUAUCUCUUUGACAUCUGAAGGGUGUCACUACCGUUCCACAGGGCGGGUGCCACUACCGAGAAGGCCCUCUGCCUGGUUCCCUGUAACUUGGCUUCUCGCAGUGUGGGAACUGCCAGCAGCAUACUCCAUUAUCUUUCUUAUCCAUUCUUCUUUGGUUGGAGCUUCUUCUUCCUUCCAUUUCUGCACAUAUAGAAUCCAAGCUGCUGUUGGUACAUACACAGACAACUUUAACAUUUUUUGGGGGGGGGGGGAGGAGGGGAUUUCAACCCCUAUCAUCCCUAACAGAAACACUUCGAGCUUUAUAAAUAUACUCAUCCUUGUGGUCUCUUCCAAUUCUAUGAUCUGAGCCAUAUUCAACCAUCAAAUGUGGAUGGGUUGCUCCAGUGUUUGGCAGGGGUUGCUUGUCAUCUUACAUAUUGCACGAGCCGUGUGUGCCUGUGUGUGUGUACAUGCACGCACCAUGGCAAGUGUGCUGGGCCCGGGGGUAACCCGUGAAACGCGGUCCAGGACCGGACCAUAAUCCAAAGGUUCUGCUAGGAGUCAGUCCGACAGGGCCAAGGCAGGACACGAGGCAGGAAACCAGACAAGGACAGGUACAGGAUCUAGCACACAGCAAUGUUGCUCCCGCAACUUGGGGCGGAGUCUGACAGCCUUUUAUCUUUGUCGGGGUAGCAGCCAGUCCUGAUCCCCCAGCAACUCACCUCCCUGUUUUGCCUGAAGGCGAGCACUCCUCCUGCGAGUACUCAGGUCUCUCCUUCUCUCAGACCUCAGUCUCUGCAACUUGGGAGACAUUGGUGGGUUACUAGACCCAGGGGCCACCUCAGCCUCCCCUGACCAAACCAGUAGUGGAGCAGCUGUAAGUGAUGGCCCAGUGAUGGCCCUGGAGCAAGGGAAGGCUCAGGCCCCUGACUCGGCCCAGCUGGUGCUUGUUGCAGGGGAACCUGUGCAGACUGGGACUCUUCAGGAUCAGGCCCCAGACUUGGUUCAGGUGAUGCCUGAGGCAAAGGAUCCAGUGCAGACUGAGUCUCCUCUGGUUCCGAGUCCGAGCCUGAGUCCCAGGCCAUCACAGCAAGGAUAGGCAGGGAAGCAGCACAUGGAGAGCUGAUCUUUUCAAACCUGAGCAAUUCUUUCUGACCCCUCUUCUUCUUCCACCAACAGCUGA